AGUCCCACCAGGAGGAGCAGGAGCAGGAGGAGGAGGAGAAGAUGAAGAAGAGUGAGACAAUCACGGUGUGUGUGUGUAGUCAUAAUAAUAAUAAUAAUAAUAAUAAUAAUAAUAAUAAUAAUACCUUUCAUUUGUAUAGCGCUUUUCAUUACAUAAAUAAUUAAAAGCUCUAAAAUGAGCAUGCUUUUGUGGCACAGUCGAUGCCGUGCAGGGCUUCAGGUCAGAAGGUUGAGGGUUUGCCGACCACCGCGGGCUCACCUUCCCUGCCUUUUUCAUUACACUUCACCUUUUUACUAAUAUAAUGACUUCAAUAGAUCAUAGAUGACAGAACUACAAUGUCCAGAACAGAGGAUCAAGUUCUCAAGUUAUUCUGUAUAUUUUUCCAAACUCACAGCCAUUGCUUACGCCAAAUAAACAUAUAAUAAUCACAAAAUAUAUGUAUCUCACUGUCUGGACGUUAUGGAUCUAAUUUAUUUCUCUGUCACACAUGCACACACCAGACCUGGGUUCAAAUACUAUUUAGGGUAUUUCAAUGACUUUGAAGUAAGUAUUUUGAUAUUUUUUCUUUGAAAAUACAAGUAUUUUGUAAAUAGUAGGCUAUUUAUAGGAAGUUAUUUGCAAAUACUUUCAAAUACUUUAAAUAGAAGUAGUUGAUUUCAGAGACAUUAUUUAAAAAUACUAAAAUACAAAGAAAAUAAGUAUUUUAUUAACAAAUACUGAAAAGGUAUUUGAAACCAGUUCUGGCACUAGCAGCUUCACUGGAAGAGCCAGUUAGUACCCCCCCCCCGUUGUAGAAACUCCCCAUCCCCCUACAAAGACACACACACACACAAAGGGUUAUCAUUACGGUUUUGGAAAUACAAACCAGUGAGAGCGAUUCUCAUUGGCAGCAACAGUACAAUGCAAAUAAAACGAUAUAGUACUGUACUGUAUUUCUCUUGUGCACACCUUUACAUCAGGAAUCUUUAUUGUCAUAAUAUUCACACACGUAUUUAUCAAGCCACUGCAUAGCUCAACCUAUGAGAAUAACAAUUAAAGACUAUUUAGAACUGUAAGUAAAGCAGUGGUUUCUAAAAUUUGAAGCAGAAAGGUUGUUGGAUGACAAUGAAGUAGUUAGCACUAGCCAAAAUAAACACAAGCAUAAUGCACAUGCACGCAUGCCCGCCUCCCCGGUGCCCGCCAAAACCAAUUCAAAAACUGGUAAAAACAUUAUGUCAAAACAUGAUUUGUCAUAUCAGCCCUUUACUUUUCCAUAACAUGCCUCUGUAGUCCAGAAGUCACGUACACCGCACGUAUACUGGCACAGAGACAUCAUACCAAGAUGGUGGUUGUUGUUGCCAGGUAGCAAACAGGCACAUGCCACUGUAGUCAUACUCUUGACCAUCUCCUGACUGUGACACAUAGCUAAGAAAUUUGAAGUGUUCACCUAGCUGGGUGUUUCAAAGCUUGACAUUCUUUAUUGUAACAUCCGGUGUCAAACAAACCUGCCUUGUUUCCCUGUUGUGUAUUAGUAGAGCAUCCUAUUAUGUUUGUUUUGUCUUCAUAGUAAAAUAUCCUUCUGUGACCAGUGUAAAAUACACAAUGCUUGAAUGUUACCAUUUAGGCCUAUAAGCUUAAUAUUUUUGAUAAACAACCUGGAGUGGAUCCCUAGCAUUCUUGUAAACCACUCUUACUGCGAAGUUGCACAGUGUAUACUCUAUGGUAUAAUUUUAGCUCAGUGUCACCUCAGUGUGACUAUCUCCUGAUAUGGUAGGAAAUUCUAAGGUGAUAGUCAGUCAGUGGGCUUGUAGUUGCUGUGCGGCGACAUACCUAGGAUAUAUUUGAAUAUUUGAAUGACAGAAGAUUUCAGUGACACCCAGAUACUGUAAACCAGAAACCCCCUCCCUCUUUUCCCUCCCUCAUUCCUUCCCCUCAUCCCCACUCCCCUCCCAUUCCCCCACCUGCUCCCUCCUCAAACACUUCCUAUACUUUGCUUCUCAUUCCAAACUUUCACAGUUCACACCUGGAUUGCUUCACACUCUACUCUUACCUUUCAGAGGAUGACAGAAGACCAGUUGAACCCUCCUCCCUUCGCCUCCUCCCUUUGCCCCCCAUCCCAACCCAACUCUGACAGUAUAAAAUCCCAGGUCUAGGACCCAUGCUUUACCACUCUGUUGACACUGCCAACUUUAAGUACACUAGACUUUUUAAAAGGAUUCUUUCUGGGAUCCAAACUCAAUUCAUCACUUUCGUCAAAAUGAACAAAAUCAUUUUUGGAAUCCUUGCAGUUGUUGCAUCUUUUAUGCUGGGUGAGUCUAAUCGAUAAUCAAUGCCACUCACUCACAAACAAAACUGAGGAUGCAGUUUGCUUGGACAGUAUUUGAUUUCAGUGGUUAUCAUUUUAGGUCAGGGUCAAUUUAGCUAAAGGUUUGUUAAUCCAACAAUUCCUCCUCCAUAGGUUUCAUCAUGUGAGUUAAAGUGUUAAUGCUAUUCAGUUUAAAGGGAUAGUUCACUUUUAUUUUCGACUUAUCCAUGGUUGUCGUUUCAUCCAUAAAGUUUGUAUUGAAUUCGUUGGCUGGUAAUAUAGCAAUGUCCAGCAUCUCCAGGCAAAACAUUUUUAAGCAUGUAGCGAUGCUAGUGUAAAAGGUAAGCAUCGGCUAGUGGUGCAUUCAACAGCAUGGAGAGAGCAGGGGAGUGGGUUUGGAAUGUAGAAGGUAGAAGGUAGAGACCACUUUCCCCAUACUUUUGCUUGCAACCGCUAGGUGAUUUUUCAAGAAAGUCUGAGAUUACUACAAAACACUUGUAGAGACCAACAGAGAAUAAUGGAGACUAAAGAGAUUAGUUUUAAAUGAUGAGAGAGGGAUUUGUAUGAUCAAUGCCAUGUCUAUGUUGUAAUGGCAUGGCAUUUCAGUGAUUUUCUUCUUUCAUUGUAUAGCACACCAAACAAGGGUGUGGUCUGUGGUCUUCAGAUGUCUAUGGCCACACAUCAAAACUGAGUGUGGCCUUCAGUUCAACCACAGCAGGAUUUGGUGAUGACUAUUGCUUUGGUGUUGGCAUAGAAUUCACAUAAUGUACAAUAACAGAAUAUAACAUAAUAGAGUGAAGUAAUGAAUGUGUGCUCUCUCUCUCUCUCUCUCUCUCUCUCUCUCUCUCUCUCUCUCUCUCUCUCUCUCUCUCUCUCUCUCUCUCUCUCUCUCUCUCUCUCUCUCUACCCCCAACGAUGAAUGACUUAGUGACAAAACAAUGGUCAGCCAUUGUCUGUGAAGCCAUGUGAUCUAAUUGUCUAACCCCACCCAACGUUUUGUGUUUCAGCCGAGUCCGCCUCAAAGUUUAGUCUUACAUCCCUGACAUGUAACAAAUGUAGUGUGGGCUUGCUGGGUGUUUGCAUGAACGCUGCUGAUGAGGUCUGCAUAACCAACAAAAGUAGCUGCUUCACUGGAAGAGCCAGUGAGUACCCUUCCCCUCCUCAACCACCCCCCCCCCCCACCUGAAUGACCUACUUGGAAGAAACUACCCACCCCUGUACACAGAUAUACAGAUGUGCACACACACACACACACACACACACACACACACACACACACACACACACACACACACACACACACACACACACACAAAGCAUCAUGUUCACUAUCAUUCUAACCCUCCUAUCCUCUCUCUCUCUCUCUUUAUCUCUCUCUCUCUCUAGCCUUCCCCUCUCUCACUUCUUUCGUAGGCUUCAACACCCAAGGCUGUCUGGAGAGCAUUAUGUGCAACACCACCACCAACGCCACCCUCCUGGGCGCCACUUACACCUCCGUCAAGACCUGCUGCGACUCCAACAAGUGCAACCCAGUCACGAUUAGCGGCGCAACCUCUGCCAAGCUCUCUGUCACCACAGCUCUUGGCGCCGCCCUGGUGGCCUCCGUGUGGAGCAUGCUGUACUAGAACUACUAGAGAAGGGUUUCCCAAACUCGGGCCUCGGGACCCCAAGUGGUGCAUGUUUUGGUUUUUGCUUUAGCACUACACAGCUGAUUCAAAUAAUCAACUAAUAAUCAAGCUUUGAUCAUUUGAAUCAGCUGUGUAGUGUUAGGGCAAAAACCAAAACGUGCACACCUUGGGGUCUCGAGGACCGAGUUUGGGAAACGCUGAGCUAGAGAAAGUAGGAGACCAAUUCUGAUUCUGAAAAACUAGAAGACUGUCCCGGUUUGUUUUAUUUACACUGCAUGUCUAAACCAUCUUGACUCAUGUGUUGAUGCUGUUGGAUUCUAGCAUGAAAUAUAUACUUAUUCAUGUUAAUAUACUAUAACUACUUUACAUGUAUAAUGUUAUUGUUAAAUCUCAUGGAUCCUAUGGAGAGGGCCAAAGGGUAACAGUCUGGUUUCAGCCACUGAUAAGGUUGGAUAGCCGUGGAUUAGGGAGGGGUAGGGAAUGUGGGCCGAGGUCAGGUCAGAUGAAGUGACAAGGAACAGUUCUAUUACACACACCACUAAGUUCCUGCCUAGCAACAGAUAUGUAUUGGCUGUCUAGAUGUGCAAGGAGGAGUUUCUGCCUAAUAGGAGGGUAUAAAUACUUGUGCUGGUGGAAACAUGUCUUUGUCUUUUCAGCUGUUUGACCCAGUGGGGGAAUAAACUUGGACCUUUACUAGUUGUCUGUGAGUUUUAUUCUGUUUGUUCAGAACCUAACAGUUGGCGUUGUCGACAGGAUUCACCACGAUUUACAGUCGAACUAAAGAGUCCAAAUCAGUGAAACAGGAGCCGGCACCAAAACCAAGGUAGACACAGUUCCUACACCUGUUACCACUCAUUCUGACAUCUUGGGUAGAUGAGAGUCGUAGGCUGAAACAAUUAUAGGAUACGGACCUAGAAAGCCUGAGUUUAUUCAGUAGUUCCAUUGUGAUACCACCUGUCAUAAAUCUAUGGUGUAGGGUUGGUUCCGUAAGGAUAGGUCCCGAGAUCCAUAGGUAAAUCUAUGGUGUAGGUUUGGUUCCGUAAGGAUAGGUCCCGAGAUCCAUAGGAAAAUCUAUGGUGUAGGGUAGGUUCCGUUAGGAUAGGUCCCUAGAUCCAUAGCUAACUACAGUGUAGGGUAGGUUCCGUGUAGGAUAGGUCCCUAGUGGGGUUGUUCACCUGCGAGAUCCGUAAGUGGGACGAAAGUCCCAGCCAUGGUGUCCGUGAGGCAGUAGAGUGUGUGUGUAGUGAUAAAUUGUCAUGCUUGUGUACUAGUACGAAAGGUUGUCGAGAAGUAGUCCAUGUAGAAGGACAAAGGAAGGAAGUGCAUACAGUGGAGAAUAGGAGAUAUCUGAGAAUAUCUGUACUUAAAGAUGAAACAUUGUCAGUGAGUGGGAAUGUGGAUGGUGAUAAAAGGCUGCCUACAAGUUCUGGAGGAGAGCCUCAUCCAUGGUUAGAAAAGCAAAAAGAUAUUCAAACGUUGUUUGAACAUGAUUUGAGUGUAUUAGCAGUAGCAAUAAGGAGAGAGGUUGGUUUAUGCCCUAUUGGGCCGGGGAACUGUGACAAGAACACAGUGGCCUCCAUCAUUCUUAAAUGGAGGAAGUUUGAAACCACCAAGACUCUACCUAGAGCUGGCCACCCGGUCAAACUGAGCAAUCAGGGAAGAAGGGCCUUGGUCAGGGAGGUGACCAAGAACCCAAUGGUCACUCUGACAGUGCUCUAGAGUACCUCUGUGGAGAUGGGAUAACCUUCCAGAAGGACAACCAUCUCUGCAGCACUCCACCAAUCAGGCCUUUAUGGUAGAGUGGCCAGACGGAAGCCACUCCUCAGUAAAAGGCACAUGACAGCCUGCUUGGAGUUUUCCAAAAGGCACCUAAAAGACUCUCAGACCAUGAGAAACAAGAUUCUCUGGUCUGAUGAAACCAAGAUUGAAAUCUUUACCCUGAAUGACAAGCGUCAUGUCUGGAGGAAACCUGGCACCAUCUCUACGGUGAAGCAUGGUGGUGGCAGCAUCAUGGUGUGGGGAUGUUAUUCAGCGGCAUGGACUGGGAGACUAGUCAGGAUCGAGGCAAAGAUGAACAGAGCAAAGUACAGAGAGAUCCUUGAUGAAAACCUGCUCCAGAGCGCUCAGGACCUCAGACUAGGGCGAAGGUUCACCUCCCAACAGGACAACGACCCUAAGCACACAGCCAAGAGAACGCAGGAGUGGCUUCGGGACAAGUCUCUGAAUGUCCUUGAGUGGCCCAGCCAGAGCCCAGACUUGAAUCAGAUUGAGAGACCUGAAAACAGCUGUGCAGCAACGCUCCCCAUCCAACCUGACAAGCUUGAGAGGAUCUGCAGAGAAGAAUGAGAGAAACUCCCCAAAUACAGGUGUGUCAAGCUUGUAGCGUCAUACCUAAGAAGAUUCGAGGCUGUAAUCACUGCCAAAGGUGCUUCAACAAAGUACUGAGUAAAGGGUCAGAAUAUUUAUGCAAAUAUAAUAUUUAAGUUUUUUAUUUUGUAUAAAUGUGUAAAAAUGUCUAAAACCUGUUUUUGCUUUGUCAUUAUUGGGUAUUGUGUGUAGAUUGAUGAGGGGGAAAACAAUUUAAUCAAUUUUAGAAUAAGGCUGUAACGUAACAAAAUGUGGAAAAAGUCCUGUGGUAUGAAUACUUUCCGAAUGCACUGUAUAUCGAUGUGUGCCCGAUGCCGCCCGCCAUCUCUGAUUCUCCUCCGGGUGUGCAAUAUCAAGUGCGCCUAUAGGCUAUUUAGUGCGGUCUCAAUUAAAUGAUCCAUAGCCUAUAGGCUAUAGUCUACGAAGUCCAUGCUCGGAGAAUCACAGAGUAAAGUUAUAUUGCUAAGAUAGCUGCUGGGAUGGUGUAAAUAAAACUAGGCUGCAUUACACAUGGCAAUGGAUAUUCUUACCCUGAGUUCUGGCUUGCUCUGCUCUUGCUGAUCAAAACUUUUUUGUGUGUGCUGCCUAACCAAUGCUGUGCUGUGUAGGCCUACAGUUGCAGUUCAGGAGGAGAGUCAAAGGCUUCUUCUGAAAAUAUUUUUAUAUUAGGCCUAGUCCAAAAAAUUCAAUAUUUUGCGGGCGGACUAGCCUGUAGCCUUUGUUCUGUUCAGUUUGAGAAGGAAAGCGCGAAGAUGAGAAAGAGGACUACUAUAAUUGAUUUUAAUAAAAACAAUAUGUUUCUUGCCCAUGGUGUAUUUUUCAGAGUUAUUGACCUCACAAUAAUCCAGAUUCGUGUAACUGACAUUGUGAUGCUGAAACUUGAAGCAGCAGGCGUGGCAUAAUCAAUCGGAAAUGGACAACUCAUGGUGCUGAAAGUAGGCAAAUACGAGUAGGCAUAAUUCAUUUCAACCAUCUUCAUUUUAAUUAGACCUUACAAUCAACAAGAGGGCUUUGUGUUGGAGCCUAUUUCUUCCUAUUUAAGAAAUAAGAGGUAGGCCUACCUGUUAGUCAGACGCAAUUAGGCUAUAGGCCGCUAUAUCCAUAGAUUUGUCGGUCAAUACCUCCACCCACCAUGCACUCUUUAAAUUGUAUUUGUAUUUAUUUGUAUUUAUUUCACCUUUAUUUAACCAGGUAAGCCAGUUGAGAACAAGUUCUCAUUUACAACUGCGACCUGGCCAAGAUAAAGCAAAGCAGUGUGAUAAAAACAACAACACAGAGUUACGUAUGGGGUAAAAAAACAUAAAGUCAAAAAAAAUAAUACAACAGAAAAUAUAUAUACAGUGUGUGCAAAUGUGGCAAGUUAUGGAGGUAAGGCAAUAAAUAGGCUAUAGUGCAAAAUAAUUACAAUUAGUAUUAACACUGGAAUGCUAGAUGUGCAAGAGAUUAUGUGCAAAUAGAGAUACUGGGGUGCAAAAGAGCAAAAUAAAUAACAAUAUAGGGAUAAGGUAGUUGGGUGGCCUAAUUUCAGAUGGGCUGUGUACAGGUGCAGUGAUCGGUAAGGUGCUCUGACAACUGAUGCUUAAAGUUAGUGAGGGAGAUAAGAGUCUCCAGUUUCAGAGAUUUUUGCAAUUCGUUCCAGUCAUUGGCAGCAGAGAACUGGAAGGAAUGGCGGCCAAAGGAGGUGUUGGCUUUGGGGAUGACCAGUGAGAUAUACCUGCUGGAGCGCAGACUACGGGUGGGUGCUGCUAUGGUGACCAAUGAGCUAAGAUAAGGCGGGGAUUUGCCUAGCAGAGAUUUAUAGAUGGCCUGGAGCCAGUGGGUUUGACGACGAACAUGUAGUGAGGACCAGCCAACAAGAGCGUACAGGUCACAGUGGUGGGUAGUGUAUGGGGCUUUGGAGACAAAACGGAUGGCACUGUGAUAGACUACAUCCAAUUUGCUGAGUAGAGUGUUGGAGGCUAUUUUGUAAAUGACAUCGCCGAAGUCAAGGAUCGGUAGGAUAGUCAGUUUUACGAGGGCAUGUUUGGCAGCAUGAGUGAAGGAGGCUUUGUUGCAAAAUAGGAAGCCGAUUCUAGAUUUAACUUUGGAUUGGAGAUUCUUAAUGUGAGUCUGGAAGGAGAGUUUACAGUCUAACCAGACACCUAGGUAUUUGUAGUUGUCCACAUACUCUAGGUCAGACCCGUCGAGAGUAGUGAUUCUAGUUGGGUGGGCGGGUGCCAGCAGCGUUCGAUUGAAGAGCAUGCAUUUAGUUUUACUAGUGUUUAAGAGCAGUUGGAGGCUACUGAAGGAGUGUUGUAUGGCAUUGAAGCUCGUUUGGAGGUUUGUUAACACAGUGUCCAAUGAAGGGCCAGAUGUAUACAAAAUGGUGUCGUCUGCGUAGAGGUGGAUCUGAGAGUCACCAGCAGCAAGAGCGACAUCAUUGAUAUACACGGAGAAAAGAGUCGGCCCAAGAAUUGAACCCUGUGGCACCCCCAUAGAGACUGCCAUAGGUCCAGACAACAGGCCCUCCGAUUUGACACAUUGAACUCUAUCUGAGAAGUAGUUGGUGAACCAGGCGAGGCAGUCAUUUGAGAAACCAAGGCUAUUUAGUCUGCCAAUAAGAAUGCGGUGGUUGACAGAGUCGAAAGCCUUGACCAGGUCGAUGAAGACGGCUGCACAGUACUGUCUAUUAUCGAUCGCGGUUAUAAUAUCGUUUAGGACCUUGAGCGUGGCUGAAGUGGACCCAUGACCAGCUCGGAAACCGGAUUGCAUAGCGGAGAAGGUACGGUGGGAUUCGAAAUGGUCGGUGAUCUGUUUGUUAACUUGGCUUUCAAAUACUUUCGAAAGGCAGGGCAGGAUGGAUAUAGGUCUGUAACAGUUUGGAUCUAGAGUGUCACCCCCUUUGAAGAGUGAUGACCGUGGCAGCUUUCCAAUCUCUGGGGAUCUCAGACGUUACGAAAGAGAGGUUGAACAGGCUAGUAAUAGGGGUUGCGACAAUUUCGGCGGCUAGUUUUAGAAAGAAAGGGUCCAGAUUGUCUAGCCCAGCUGAUUUGUAGGGGUCCAGAUUUUGCAGCUCUUUCAGAACAUCAGCUGUCUGAAUUUGUGUGAAGGAGAAGCGGGGGGGGGGGGGGGGGGGGGGGGGGGGGCAUGGGCAAGUUGCAGCGGAGAGUGUUGAAAUUCUCGAUUAUUGUAGAUUUAUCGGUGGUGAUAGUGUUUCCUAGCCUCAGUGCAGUGGGCAGCUGGGAGGAAGUGCUCUUAUUCUCCAUGGACUUUACAGUGUCCCAAAACUUUUUGGAGUUAGUGCUACAGGAUGCACAUUUCUGUUUGAAAAAGUUAGCCUUUGCUUUCCUGACUGCUUGUGUAUAUUGGUUCCUAAAUUCCCUGAAAAGUUGCAUAUCGCGGGGGCUAUUUGAUGCUAAUGCAGUACGCCACAGGAUGUUUUUGUGCUGGUCAAGGGCAGUCAAGUCUGAGGAGAACCAGGGGCUAUAUCUGUUCUUAGUUCUGUUUAAGAUUGAGAGGAAAUUACUUUUAAAGAACAACCAGGCAUCCUCUACUGACGGAAUGAGAUCUAUAUCCAUCCAGGAUACCUGGGCCAGGUCAAUUAGGAAGGCCUGCUCGCUAAAGUGUUUUAGGGAGCAUUUGACAGUGAUUAGGGGUGGUCGUUUGACCGCGGACCCGUUACGGACGCAGGCAAUAAGGCAGUGAUCGCUGAGAUCCUGGUUGAAGACAGCGGAGGUGUAUUUAGAGGGUAAGUUAGUCAGGAUGAUAUCAAUGAGGGUACCCAUGUUUACGGAUUUAGGGUUGUACCUGGUAGGUUCGUUGAUAAUUUGUGUGAGAUUGAGGGCAUCUAGUUUGGAUUGUAGGAUGGCCGGGGUGUUAAGCAUAUCCCAAUUUAGGUCACCAAGCAGGACGAACUCUGAGGAUAAAUGGGGGGCAAUCAAUUCACAUAUGGUGUCCAGGGCACAGCUGGGGGCUGAGGGGGGGCUGUAGCAAGCGGCAACAGUGAGAGACUUAUUUCUGGAAAGGUGGAUUUUUAGAAGUAGGAGCUCAAACCGUUUGGGCACAGACCUGGAUAGUAUGAUAGAGCUCUGCAGGCUAUCUCUACAGUAGAUUGCAACUCCACCCCCUUUGGCAGUUCUAUCUAGACGGAAAAUGUUAUAGUUGGGGAUGGACAUUUCAGAAUUUUUGGUGGCCUUCCUAAGCCAGGAUUCAGACACUGCUAGAACAUCAGGGUUGGUGGAGUGUGCUAACGCAGUGAAUAACUCAAACUUAGGAAGUAGACUUCUGAUAUUAACAUGCAAGAAACCAAGGCUUUUGCGAUUACAGAAGUCAACAAAUGAUAGCGCCUGGGGAGUAGGAGUGAUACUGAGGGCUGCAGGGCCUGGGUUAGCCUCUACAUCACCAGAGGAACAGAGGAGGACUAGAAUAAGGACACGGCUAAAGGCUUUAAGAACUGGUCUUCUAGUGCGUUGGGUACAUAGAAUAAAGGGGGCAGAUUUCCGGGCGUUGUAGAAAAGAUUCAGGGCAUUAUAUACAGACAAGGAUAUGGAAGGAUAUGAGUAAAGUGGAGGUAAACCUAAGCGUUGGGUAACAAUGAAAGAGAUAGCAUCACUGGAGGCACCAAUUGAGUCGGUCUCCGCGUGUAUGGGGGGUGGAACAAAGGAGCUAUCUAAGGCAGGUUUAGCUGGGCUGGGGGAUCUACAGUGAAAUAGUACAAUUAGAAAUAACCGAAACAACAAUAAGCUAACCAUAUUGACAUGGGAGAGAGGCAUAAAGCAAUCACAGGUGUAAUUUGAGAGAGCUAAGACAACAGCUGGUAAUGACGACACAGUUUGGGCUGAGGCUUAACAUAAACAGGAUGCGGUACCGUAAAAAGGAACAGUCCAGCAUGCAUCAGCUGUAUAGCUGAGUUAUCAUAAGGUCCGGUGAACAGCAAUAGGAUAGUUCGGAGGUAGUUCGGGGGCUGCUAAAGCACUAGCGAGCAAGAGGCCACGGCUAGCGUGUGCUAGCGGGCCGGGGCUAGCAGAUGGAAUCUUCGUGUUCGACGUCGUUACGGGAAGCCUGUUGUAACCACAUCAGACGAUUUCGUCGGCAGACCAGCCGUGUAGGAUCGGCGGGGCUCCGUGUCAACACUAGGUGGUCCCGUCCGGUUGACAGAGAGGUAGAUAGCCGGGAGAUGGGCCUAGCUCAGGAUGAUUAGCCAAACCACAACGUCCAUUUUGUUGCAGCUAGCUGGUAGCGAUGAAUCCGGAGUUAAAGGUCCAGUGAUUCAGUGAUUCCGGCAGAAAAACUGAUAUGUUCUGGGUCGAUAACGCGCUGUGCAGACAAUGCAGACUGGCCAAAUAAUAGUCCAGGCUAGAGCUGGCUGGUAGGUGGUGCAGGCCACGGACAAUGGUGAAAAACCGUUAACGGUAGCUGAUAGCAAGUAGCUAGUUAGCUGGCUACUCCCGUCCGGUAGACCGAGAGGUAGAUAGCCGGGAUAUGGGCCUGGCUCUAGGCUAGCUCGAGGCUAACUGGUGCUUGCAUCGGGGCAGUGGUGAUUAGCCAAACAGCAACAUCCAUUCGGUUGCGGCUAGCUAGUUGCGAUCCGGUGAUUAAUGUCCAGUGAUUAAAUUAUUCCGGCAGAAAAUCCAAUGUUCUGGGUGAAAUACCGCUAACUGUGGCUAAUAGCAAGUAGAUAGUUAGCUGGGUAGCUAGUUUCAACUGGAGAUUCUAGAUAAAGGUAAGUCAAUAAUAGAAUCCGUUCCACAUUGAGUGAGGCGGGUUGCAGGAAAGUAUAUUUUGUAGAAGGAUGAAAAGUCUGAUAGGGAAAUAUGUACGAAAAAAAAAAAAAAAAAGGGUAUUUACAGGCUAUUUACAGACACAUGACAAAAACAGGACUGCACUACUACGCCAUCUUGGAUUUAGCCUACCUCCGUGUCAAUGAAGGGCUGUGAAGUUAACACCAGGACUCAAAUUGAGGGGGUAUGAGAGGGUAUGACAUAGGCCUACCUUUUAUUAAAGAAAAUGGCAAAAAGCACAGGCCUACCGUUGUUAGUUUAAGAUUUUUAAGAAAAUAAAACGGAUCCGAUUUAUAUAAAGUGAUCUAUAACAGCGCUUUGGUCCGGGAUGAUUUAUGCUACAAACAAACUGUAAAAUACCCGGGAAAGAUUCUGAUGCAUAUGGGGAUAUCAUUGUUUCGUUUCUUUGACAUUCAGAGGCUGAGCUACAACCUUCUAUAGCCGAGGAGACAACACAUUUACUUUGCUUGGGAAGUAAUCUAAUUCUGUCACUAUUCAUUGAUUAAGCUAUUCAUUUUCUGUACAAUAGAUGUUUAAACCCAGACAGCUUUUAGGGAAUCACUUGUGACCUUCUCCACAGAAGAAGAGUAGCCAUCAGUUCAAGCUUACAUUUUUCUGUGUCGGUAGGCCUACUCUGUCUGGGGAGGAAAGGUAGGCCUAACUUCUGAAAGUACAAUGCUCAGAUUCCUAAUGACGUCUCAGAUUUAAUUAUUUGCAAACAGGGACAGUUUCGUUGCAAACAAGACACUGAUUUGACAUUGGAGAAAUAUGAUAAGAUGAACACAUAGGGAUAUCUCUCUGUCCAUUCUUAGCCUGUAAUUUCGGUAAUUUGCGUGGUAUUAGAAAAUAUUCUGCUAAUAUGUAAAAUGUAUUUUUUUUCUCAGACAUGCAAAUACAAUGAUAGAUUCAUGCAAUGCUUUUACUAUAAAGGAGAUCUUUCCACCCCUACUCUUGUCAAUGGUGGUCUGUGAACCCACAACCUCCUGGCCCACAGCUAUCUGCACUAUCAAAAUUCCAGUGUUGCCAUAUAAUGCUUACAGGACAAAGAACAGUUUCUAAAAUGACCUAUCUAAGGCUCUGGUCUGUCCAAGAAGUGAAGGUAAACGGUCUCUGCUCUCCACCUUAUGUUUUAAUUAUUAUUUUGGGUAUAGGGGAGGGUGACUUGUUUUUUUUCAAGUGUUCAGGGAGGGUUUCGGUAAAAUAUAUUUUGCUGAAGGGAGGGACAUCCAUUUUCAUUUCAGAGAGGUCUGAUUUUAUCCAUGUAACCCUUAUUAUAAAUAUCAGUGUUAUUUCCUGAUAGUUGCUGAUUGAAAAUACAGUCUACACAGGAGUUUCUAAUCAGUCAGCAGGUUUUGCAUGGGUGGAUGAAAGAGAGCGACCUGGCUCUAUGUAUUUGCUGACCUGUGACCCACUGAUACCGCCCUCGGUUAGAGGGGAGUAAGACAGCCCAAGAGUUAACACACACAGGGAACUUUAUUCACACACACUGACGAAGAUGUACAUGGGGAUGGUUUUGUAAAGGUACAGAAAAAGGAAUAAUUAAUAUUCACAUAUUUGUAUUUAUUUGUAUUUAUUAUGGAUCCCCAUUAGCUGCUGCCAAGUCAUCAGCUACUCUUCCAGGGGUAUAGCAAAAUUAAGGCAGUUAUACAUUGUUACGGAUACAGGUAUCCUGUAUGUGUAUUUGUUUUUCCUCUCCUUCUGCCCUAAUCACAGGUGUCACUUGUUUUCCUGAUUGGUGGUCGUUGGUGUGUCCCACCUGUCCGACAUCCGUUCGUCUGCUGAUUGCUGAGGUGGACAAAUCAGUGGACACUCCUCCGUAUUGCACCACCUGUUUCUGGUUUUUCAUUACCAUAUCACAUCACACAUCCCCUGGUUUUAAAAAGCCAGUCAGUUGUGUUUUCUGACGAAGACUCUUUUUUUUGUGAGUAUGUAUACUGUGGUGUCUUGUUUUUGUGUACUCACUCAUUUGCUGUUUAGUCCAUAUUGUACCUAUGUUGUUUGUUUGUGCCUAUGAAAAGGGGGGUUUAGCAAGUCGCCCUUGGGCAUACACUACCCGUAGGAAAACCUUGUCUAAACACACUAGUUAGACCUGAGCGGACCACCCACUGUAUUUUUGUAUGGUUAACAGUAAGCUUAGCGGUUCUUGAGGCAGGCAAGAUCAGUUUAGGGUUUUUUUACUUUAUUGUUUCAUUCCUUGGGUCCAGCUCAGCCCCAAACCGUUUACCAUGUGUUUAUAAUAAACAUUUUGUGUUUGACGGUAGCAUAUGGUUGUUGGUGUAUUUUGUUCUCACAGUUCUUUGUCAAUAUUCUAAUUCGCAUGAGUUAUGUUACUGGUCUCUUUUCCAUCCACCCUAGACUUUUAAAGCCACGGGGUUCGUAACAUAAAGUGGGGGCUCGUCUGGGAUAUCUCAUUGAUUCCCAUGCCACUCAUGCAAAUUGGUUUAGUGUCUGGUUCAGUGUUGAGCUUGGCAGCUGUGACUAGCUGGUUUCGUGUUCCGUGUUCGUCGGCUCGUGUUGCUAGCUUAAGAUGGCUACUUUUGAUUUGGAUGUCUUUUUGGAUAACCCUAUGUGGGAGGCUUUUGAUAAUUGCCAUAGAGUGGCUCUACAGGCUUUGGCUCACCACUUUUCUAUACCCAUACCGAGGGUUUUAGUGAAAGCGGAAGUUAGGAAAGUGGUGUUAGAGGUAUUAUUGAACGAGCAAGUGCUUGAGUUACUGCCGCCUGAGCCUGCUGCUCCUGUAGGGGAUGUGGCUGCUGCUCCUGUAAGCCCGUCGGUGUCUGAGGAUGAGGACGAGGCUAAGGCUCCAGCCACAUUGCCACAUUUUGACCCACUCUCCCCACUGUCAGACAGUGCCUGGAUGGAUGUCCGCUCAACAUAGCUCCAAAUGGAGGCGGAAGAGCGGGCACAAAUCAGGGGAGAAAAGUUGGAGAUGCGUAAGCUAGAGGCAGAACAGGAGACACAUAGACUUGAUCAAGAACUGGAGACACGUAGACUUGAUCAAGAACUGGAGAUGUGUAAAAUGGACCAGGAGUUGCGUAAGAUGGAACUGGAGGCAGAGACCGCGAGGUUAGUCUCUGCUCAUGCUAUGCCUGCUAGUGAGCCGCUACUUUUGAUAUUAGUAGACAGAUCACCCUAGUACCUGUGUUUAGGGAGUCAGAGGUUGACUCCUAUUUUAGUGUUUUUGAGCGUAUAGUGGUAGCAUUGAAAUGGCCCGAAGAGGUAUGGUGCCUAUUACUUCAGUGUAAAUUAACAGGUAAAGCCCAAGAGGUUUUGUCAGCGCAACCUCUUGAAGACAGCUUGAAUUAUGACGUGGUCAAAGCUACUGUUCUUCGUGCCUAUGAGCUUGUUCCUGAGGCAUAUCGACAGAGAUUUAGGUCUCGUAAAAAGUAUUCUACUCAGACUUAUGUGGAGUUUGCUAGAUACAAGGGAAAUCUGUUUGACAAAUGGCACACUGCUAGUAAGGUAACUGAUUUUAACUCUCUCUGGGAGUUAAUCUUGUUAGAAGAGUUUAAAAAUUGCUUACCCGAACGCAUUGUAGUUUACUUAAACAAACAGAAAGUAUCCUCACUGUCGGAAGCGUCUGUAUUGGCAGAUAAGUUUGUGUUGACACACAAGAGCGUGUUUUCGGCUCGUACGGAGAGCAGGGCCGCAGAGUUACUAACUCUUAGCCCUAGUCGACCAGCAGUACAUCAGCACGCCCGAAAGAUGUGCGUCACUGUUUCUAUUGUCAUAAGGGUGGACAUAUGGUUAAUGAUUGCUUCCUGCUAAAACGCAAACAGGGGAUGCCUCUGCACACCAGGCCGCCAACGGGUGUUGGGCUGAUUCGUACGGUUGUAAGGCCGGAAUCAAAAAAGAUGCCUCAUAGUAAAUGUGGUUUGAAAGUCCCAUUCCCAGAUCGCAGUUAAAAACCAUUCAUUUUUGAGGGGUUUGUUUCCAUAUCAGAUGACGAAGUGUCUCAGUGUCUGGUUAGAAUCCUUAGAGAUACUGGUGCGGCGCGUUCUUUCAUACUAUCUGAUGUGUUGCCCUUGUCUGAUAAUACAUAUUGUGGUUCCAGUGUGUUAGUACAGGGAAUUGAAAUGGGAUUCGUGCCAUUGCACUUUGUGAACGUACACUCUGAGUUAGUCAGUGGAUUGUUCAGAGUUGGAGUACGUCCUAUGUUGCCAGUAAAAGGUGUGACAUUUAUAACGAUAUUGCCGGAGGAAAGGUGAAACCCUUAUUGGAGGUAUUAGAUACAAGUGACCAGUCUCUCUCCGAGGAGCUGGCACAGAGUUAUCCACGUGUUCCCCGCAUGUGCUGUCACACAUGCUCAAGCACGACAAGUGGGUGACGUGAUAGAUUUGUCGAACACGAUUCUGUUCAGAGUGUGACCCAGAGGAUAGCUUGUGUGCCACCUCUGGUAAGAUGGUGCGGUCUGACCAACAGCCCAGGGAAGGGGAGAAGUAUGUGGAACUUGUUGCUGAUGUAAUACAGUUACCAGUCACUCGUGAGCAGCUGAUUGCUAACCAAAAGGUUGACAUUAGCCUGGAUAAAUGUUUUUCUAGUGUUGUCUCAGUGGAGGAGCUAAAGAAGAAAAACAUGGCCUACUUCAUUGAUGGUAAUCUCCUCAUGCGUAAAUGGACAUCCCAUGUUGACGCUGGCGGAGAUUGGAAUGCUGUUUACCAAAUAAUGAUUCCUACAGCCUUUAGACUAAAUGUUUUAUCCAUCGCUCAUGAUCACCAGUGGUCCGGACAUCUGGGAGUCACCAAGACUUAUGAUCAGAUUUUGCGACAUUUCUUUUGGCCCGGUUUAAAACAAGAUGUGGCUCAGUUCUGUCGGACAUGCCACACCUGUCAGGUAACUGGGAAACCAAACCAGGUUAUUCCUCCCGCUCCUCUUUGUCCCAUACCUGUCAUAGGUGAACCAUUCGAACAUGUGAUGGUUGAUUGUGUUGGACUAUUACCGAAGACAAAAUCUGGUAACCAGUUUCUGUUGACGGUUAUGUGUAUGGCCACCAGAUACCCAGAGGCCAUUCCUCUGCGAAGGAUUACUGCUCCGGUGGUGAGUGAAGCCUUGAUUAAAUUCUUCUAAACUUUUGGGUUACCUAAGGUGGUACAAACUGAUCAGGGUACGAAUUUCCUUUCUAAGCUUUUCAAACAGAUGUUAAAAUCCUUGUCAGUUACACGCCGUGUGUCAAGCGCAUAUCACCCAGAGUCUCAGGGUGCGCUUGAAUGUUGGCAUCAAUGCUUCGUAAAUAUUGUUUGGAAUCUAAGAAGGAUUGGGAUGAGGGAGUUCCUCUAGUUUUGUUUGCUAUCCGUGAGACUGUACAGGAAUCCCUAGGGUUCAGCCCAGCUGAACUGGUGUUUGGACACACAGUGAGAGGACCUAUGAAAGUCCUUAAGGAUCAGUUUUUAUCACAAGAGUUGUGUGCGGAAGAAAAUGUGUUGGACUACGUUAGUCGCUUUCGUGAGCGCCUACAUGGUGCCUGUGCUCUGGCAAAUGAAGCGCUGUCUUCCUCACGGAGACGUAUGAAAUGGCUUGGAGAAGCCUAAUUACCAUGACUAAACAGUCACGUGGAAUUUCACUGCCAUCAUGAUUCGUGACCGCCGGUGUGGUGGUAAUAUGGUCACCUUAACAACCCUAGCCAGGCACACUGGUUUGUGUCAAGAACCGCAACGUUGCUGGAUUUUUCAUGUUUCUUGUGUUUAUCAAGAAUGGUCCACCACCCAAAGGACAUCCAGCCAACUUGACACAACUGUGGAAAGCAUCAGAGUCAACAUGGCCCGGCAUCCCUCUGGAACGCUGUUGACACCUUUUAGACUCCAUGCCCCGACGAAUUGAGGCUGUUCUGAGGGCAAGGGGGCUGUUCUGAGGGCAUUCAAUAUUAGGAAGGUGUUUUUUAAUGUUUUGUACACUCAGUGUAUGUCGCCAUUUGAACGUGAUCCAUAAACCUGCCCCCAAAACAUUUAUUCUGUCCACAGUCCCCGAAUGUCCCGCGAAAUCAUUCCCUUGACCUGCAUUUGGGCUUUUUAGAAGUGGUCACCCUAAUUCCACCGGUGCAAACAUUGCUACUGCAACAUAUUAACCCCAUCUUUAUGUUAUUCUCCUCACAUGUGAAAUGGUGAUAUUAACAUGUGAAAAUAUGGUUUCACGUGUGAAAUUUAAGUUCAACAUGUGAAAACAGCUAUUUCACAUGUGAAAAUGAUAUUUUCACAGGUGAAACUGCAAAUUUGACUUGUGUUCAUUUUGUAAGGGCAACUAGACCUCGUUUCAAAUUUAUUAAGAAAUUACCUAGGAAGAAACCUAGAGCGGAACCAGGCUCAUCCCAAACCAUCUCAAUUGGGUUGAGGUCGGGGGAUUGUGGAGGCCAGGUAAUCUGAUGCAGCACUCAUCCGUUCACCCACAACACGUCUCACAAAGACACGGCGGAUGGAAGUCCCUUCUGAACAGUUGAUGUUGAGAUGUGUCUGUUACUUGAACUCUGUGAAGCAUUUAUUUGGGCUGCAAUGUCUGAGGCUGGUAACUCUAAUUAACUUAUCCUCUGCAGCAGAGGUAACUCUGGGUCUUCCAUUCCUGUGUAGUCCUCAUGAGAGCCAGUUUCAUCAUAGCGCUUGAUGGUUUUUGCGACUGCACUUGAAGAAACAUUAAAAGUUCUUGACAUUUUCCGUAUUGACUGACCUUCAUGUCUUAAAGUAAUGAUAGACUGUCGUUUCUCUUUGCUUAUUUUAGCUGUUCUUGCCAUAAUAUGGACUUGGUCUUUUACCAAAUAGGGCUUUCUGUAUACUCCCCCUACCUUGUCACAACGCAACUGAUUGGCUCAAACGCAUUAAGAAGGAAAGAAAUUCCACAAAUUAACUUUUAAGAAGGCGCACCUGUUAAUUGAAAUGCAUUCCAGGUGACUACCUCAUUAAGCUGGUUGAGAGAAUGCCAAGAAUGUGCAAAGCUGUCAUCAAGGCAAAGGGUGGCUAUUUGAAGAAUCUCAAAUAUAAAAUAUAUAUUGAUUUGUUCAACACUUUUUUGGUUACUACAUGAUUCCAUAUGUGUUAUUUCAUAGUUUUGAUGUCUUCACUAUUAUUCUACAAUGUAAAAAAUAGUAAACAUAAAGAAAAACCCUUGAAUGAGUAGGUGUGUCCAAACUUUGGACUGGUAGUGUAAAUUAGCAAACCAAUGCCCCCCCACUCCUAACACAGUAGUAUGCAGAGCUGCCAACUCUCACGCAUUGGCCAUGAGACUCAUGCAUUUGACCCUCUUCUCAUGCUCACAUGCCCACACCUCUUAUAUCUCACGCACUGAAAAGUACUGCUUUUAUUUUCCUAAUUAGUCCAUUGUAUAGUCAGUGCGUUAACUUUUCAACUGUGCUCCAAACCGUUUUGAAAUCAGAGCAUCUGCACCUGCAAUUUAAUCAUCACAAGCGGAACCUCUAUCAUUGUCCUCUCCUGCCACAGCACCGUGAACCGCGGUACAUUGAAGCAUAUAAUUGGUCUGGUUAUGUAAGGGAUCAAGGUGAUUGGAUGCUCAUUUUAAAGCAAUGCGCAUCCAUAGUCUGUGGAACAAUUCUCAUUUUUAACAAUGGCCUAAAAUAUAGGGUAAUUAGCGUGCUUGUCAGCAAGAACACUGCGGUUAUUCCCCACACUUAUUUUAUUAUUCCACUUCUUUCCAAUUUUGCCAGUGUAAUCACUAUUUGCAAUCUGAUAUGCCUACUUGUGUCUUUGAAAAUGAAUUAUAUGAGGCUAUGUAUAUUUGCAGCCAUUCAUGGACAGUUUUAAAUAAGUCACACAAAUAAGCAUUGGAUAUUAAAUGCUCCAGGCCUCAAAUAUAAUUUUGGACAUUUUAGUAUUGUGCACAUGCACGACUCAUGAACACAUCAUAUUUUGUCCAUGAAGAGUAAGAUGAUGGCAAGGAUCUUCAGCUAGUAGGCAUAAACCACCUAAAUAUGGAUAUUCAUUCGAUUUUUCUUGAAGGUUGGGUGAUUUUGAGAAAUUAAUUUUUAUAACAAGAACAUUUUGAAACACCCAGCACUUGGGAAACAUAGAUCAGGUGUGGCCAACCCUCCUGGAGAGCAAGCAGGAUUUUCUUCUUGACCUAUUUUAAAAAGAUAGUUCACCCAAAUGACAAAAUCCAACAUUUCUGUGUCCUUACCUUGAAAGCAGUCUAUGGACAAGGACACUGCAAUCUAUGCUUUAGUUACCAAUUGCCAUCAACCAAUCAAUAUUAGUAUUCCUGUUCCUUGGUGUAUUGGUAACAAUCUCCCGCACGUGUCGCAUGCAACAUCUCACUGUCUCCCCAUCUAACUUCAUUACUGUCUGAAUAAAGUGUCAAACCCCCCCAAACAUAUGUAAAAAAAAUAUAUAUAUAUAUAUAUAUAUAUUAGCAUACUUAAAAUGUAUCCCCCAAAAAUCUCUAAGUAACAAAGUCCUCGAAUUUUAAGUGUUCAUGUAUUGUUCAAAGCAUCCUGAGUACUUCGGACUUGUGUUAUUAUAUACAGUGGGGAAAAAAAGUAUUUAGUCAGCCACCAAUUGUGCAAGUUCUCCCACUUCAAAAGAUGAGAGAGGCCUGUAAUUUUCAUCAUAGGUACACGUCAACUAUGACAGACAAAAUGAGAAAAGAAAUUCCAGAAAAUCACAUUGUAGGAUUUUUAAUGAAUUUAUUUGCAAAUUAUGGUGGAAAUUAAGUAUUUGGUCAAUAACAAAAGUUUCUCAAUACUUUGUUAUAUACCAUUUGUUGGCAAUGACACAGGUCAAACGUUUUCUGUAAGUCUUCACAAGGCUUUCACACACUGUUGCUGGUAUUUUGGCCCAUUCCUCCAUGCAGAUCUCCUCUAGAGCAGUGAUGUUUUGGGGCUGUCGCUGGGCAACACGGACUUUCAACUUCCUCCAAAGAUUUUCUAUGGGGUUGAGAUCUGGAGACUGGCUAGGCCACUCCAGGACCUUGAAAUGCUUCUUACGAAGCCACUCCUUCGUUGCCCAGGCGGUGUGUUUGGGAUCAUUGUCAUGCUGAAAGACCCAGCCACGUUUCAUCUUCAAUGCCCUUGCUGAUGGAAGGAGGUUUUCACUCAAAAUCUCACAAUACAUGGCCCCAUUCAUUCUUUCCUUUACACGGAUCAGUCUUCCUGGUCCCUUUGCAGAAAAACAGCCCCAAAGCAUGAUGUUUCCACCCCCAUGCUUCACAGUAGGUAUGGUGUUCUUUGGAUGCAACUCAGCAUUCUUUGUCCUCCAAACACGACGAGUUGAGUUUUUACCAAAAAGUUAUAUUUUGUUUUCAUCUGACCAUAUGACAUUCUCCCAAUCCUCUUCUGGAUCAUCCAAAUGCACUCUAGCAAACUUCAGACGGGCCUGGACAUGUACUGGCUUAAGCAGGGGGACACUUCUAGGCACUGCAGGAUUUGAGUCCCUGGCGGCGUAGUGUGUUACUGAUGGUAGGCUUUGUUACUUUGGUCCCAGCUCUCUGCAGGUCAUUCACUAGGUCCCCCCGUGUGGUAGAAUACUCUGCCAUUAGUGACCAUGCUCCUCUGUCGCUUGACCUCUCAUUCUCAUUCAACUAUACAGAUCGCCCCCCAUGGAGACUUAACUCAUCUUUACUUUCAAACAAUUCAUUCUGCACCAUUUUAUCAAAUGCAAUUGAUGUCUUUAUUGAGACAAAUAAAACAGAAUCGAUCUCUCCAUCUACACUUUGGGAAAAACUUAAAGUUGUUCUUAGAGGCGAAAUCAUUUCCUAAUCCUCUCUUCUCAAUAAACAACGGAAAAUUAAACAACAACAGCUGAUCGACGCAAUUCUGGAAUUAGACCAACAAUACUCUGCCUCUCCAUCACCAGAACUUUACAACGAAAGGCUGAGUCUUCAAUCUCAGUACAAUUUACUAUCCACAGAUAAGGCUGGGCAGCAGCUACUCCGUGUAUGCGUUUUUGUUUACGUACAUGGAGAAAAGGCUGGUCGACUUCUAGCUCAUCAACUCAAAAUCAAAUCUGCCUCGCAGCUGUUCCCUCAAAUUCACAACACCUCGGGUGUCUUAACAGUUAGUCCCACUGAAAUCAAUAAUACUUUCAAACAUUUUUAUUCAGAUCUUUACACGUCAGAAUCACCUGAAGACAAUUCAAUUAUGAAUGAUUUUCUUGACAACUUGGAAACUCCUACCAUUAGUACAGAGAAGAGAGAGGAAAUUGAUCAACUUUUGCAGUUAGGGGAGAUUAUUAAUUCAAAUACAGCAAUGGAAAGUGGGAAAUCCCCUGGCCCAGAUGGCUACCCAAUCGAAUUAUACAAUAAGUUUUCUGCCAAACUGGCCCCACUCCUGCUUGAAAUGUUUGAAAAUGCCCUGGACCAGGGUGUUUUACCCCAAACCCUGACAGAGGCGCCGAUCACACUUUUGUUAAAAUCCGGCAAAGAUGCAUCUGAUUGUGGCUCAUACAGACCAAUCUCACUUUUAAAUGCAGAUGUUAAAAUAUUAGCGAAAUUGCUUGCCUCUCGAAUAGAGUCCACUAUGACAGACAUCAUAUCGACUGAUCAGACAGGGUUUAUUAAGGGUCGCCACUCCUUUUCUAACAUUCAACGUCUGCUUAAUGUCAUGCACUGUCCUGCAUCUUCGGACAUUCCUGAAGUAGUUAUCUCUUUAGAUGCGGAGAAGGCAUUUGAUAGGGUAGAAUGGGAAUAUUUAUUCUCUGUACUGGGAAAAUGUGGCUUUGGUGCAAACUUCAUUUCCUGGGUCCGACUGUUGUACUCAUCACCCAAGGCAUCAGUAAUUACAACCAGACUUCAUGCAAAGUAUUUCCCAUUACCAGGGAUGUCCAAUGUCCCCUCUGUUAUUUGCCCUGGCGAUAGAACCCCUUUCUAUUGUGCUAAAGGCCACACCCUCAAUACAUGGUAUCUACAGAUGGGGACUGGAACACAAAGUUUCCUUGUAUGCAGAUGCUUUUAUAUAUCUCAGACCCUGAAGCGUGUGUCUCUGAGGUAGUGGACCUACUGCGUAGGUUUGGUGUGUUUUCGGGUUAUAAAUUGAAUUUCUGAAAAAGUGAAUGUUUUCCUAUUAAUGAAUUAGCAUUACAAAUUCCAGGGGAUUCUAUUCCAUUUCGUAUGUCCAAGUCUGGCUUUAAAUAUUUAGGGAUCAAUAUCACCCGUACCUUGUCUUCCCUCCAUGAUGAGAACUUUACUCCCCUGAUUGGCUAACUUAAAGUGGACUUUCAGAGAUGGAGUAUUCUCCAUUUUACUUUAGCUGGUAAAGUGAAUUGUAUCAAAAUGAAUGUAUUGCCCAGAUUUCUGUAUUUGUUCCAAUGUCUCCCUCUUUUUUUACCAAAGUAUUUUUUCACUUCAGUGGAUAAGCUUAUCUUUUUUUUAUGGGUCGGUGGGAAUCCAAGAAUACGUAAAGUAUUCCUCCAGAGAGAUAGGACACACGGAGGACUAGCCCUUCCUAACUUUAUGUAUUAUUACUGGGCAGCAAAUAUACAAAAUAUUGUUUACUGGCUUCACACCCCAGAAACGGACUGGUGUCAAACAGAAGCCAACUCCUGUUUCUCCUCCUCUUUGUCAGCUUUAGUCACCUCCAAUCUCCAUCUUUCAGCUUCGCGCUACACAUCCAAUCCAAUUGUUGUCAAUACUCUUAAAAUCUGGACUCAAUUCCGUCAACAUUUUAAACUCUGUGAUUUCUCUAUUCAAGGACCUAUAUGUAAUAAUCACCUCUUCCUUCCAGGCAAACUAGAUUCAGCUUUCAGGCUGUGGCAGAGGAAUGGCCUUACUAAGUUUAGGUAUUUCCAAAUCGGCCAGUUUAUUCACACUCAAAGCCCAACCUUUCCAAUUCUAUCACCCGGAUCGGGUCUGGAUGCCCUUCUGAAAACACCUUUUCAACUAAAGGGACUCAUAUCCCGUAUUUUUUUGAUAAUCAUGUGCCUUGAUAACCCGUCACACAAUAAAAUCAGAUCUGAGUGGGAAAGGGAACUUGGUGGAGAGAUCUCUGAUGAAGUCUGGAAUGGUACCUUACUUGGUUGUGCAUGGCUCCUGCAAUGCUAUGGUUGAGGGUUCAAUUCCCACUGGGGAGCAGUACAAAAAAGUAUGAAAAUGUAGGCACUCACUAGUGUAAAUUGCUCUGGAUAAGAGCAUCUACUAAAAUGGAAAAGGAAUUAAUAGACCAUUUCAGUUUUCACAUAGAAAUAAGUUGCAUUGGCAAAGUAUUUCAAGAAACUGGAUUUUUAUUUUUAACUAUUUUUCUAUUUCACAAUCAUUAUCAGAUUAAUGGUUUUGUACAGAUAAUUAUCAGACUUAACUUACAAAUGCUGGUAAACACUCAAAUACAUUGUUCAUUUUUUUUCACAAAAGUAGUGUACUAGGCCUUUACUAGUAUAUAGAUGUCAUCAGUGUGUCACGAUCGUUAGAGUGAGUUGACCAAGGCGCAGCGUGAUGAACGAACAUACUUUAUUUAAUGACUGAACACACGAACAAAAACAAUAAACGAUACCGUGACGUCCAAAGGUUAACAUAACCAACACGGAAUAAUCCACAAGGAACAAGAUCCCACAACUAUUGUGGGAAAACAGCCUGUAUAAAUAUGGCUCCCAAUCAGAGACAACCAGCAACAGCUGACACUCGUUGCCUCUGAUUGGGAACCAUAUUUAUACAGGCUGUUUUCCCACAAUAGUUGUGGGAUCUUGUUCCUUGUGGAUUAUUCUGUGUUGGUUGUGUUAACCUUUGGACGUCACGGUAUCGUUUAUUGUUUUUGUUCGUGUGUUCAGUCAUUAAAUAAAGUAUGUUCGUUCAUCACGCUGCGCCUUGGUCAACUCACUCUAACGAUCGUGACAGAAGAUCCCACCAUACCAGGACCAAGCAGCGUGUCCAGGAGCAGGCAGCCUGGACAUGGGAGGAAGCGCCGGGAAAGGAGCUGGAGAGGUUGGCGAUGGCCCAGGUGGGCAAAGUGUGGUCCUGGGAGGACAUGCUCGGGGGCAAAGGGCCAUGGGCUAAGAUUAAGGCCCUGGCGAGAGAGGAGCAACGGCGUCAGCAGUGUCGUCGUCGGACGGACGAGAGGCCUGUUCCUGCUCCUCGCACCAAGCCUACGGUGCUCGUCGCCAGCCCGGCCCGGCCUGUUCCUGGUCCUCGCACCAAGCCUACGGUGUGCGUCGCCAGCCCGCCAGCCAGCCCGGCCCGGGCUGUUCCUGCCACUCGCACCAAGCCUACGGUGUGCGUCGCCAGCCCGGCCCGGCCUGUUCCUGCCCCUCACACCAAGCCUACGGUGCGAGUCGUCAGCCCGGCCCGGUCUGUUCCUGCUCCUCGCACCAAGCCUACGGUGUGCGUCGCCAGCCCGGCCCGGCCUGUUCCUGCCACUCGCACCAAGCCUACGGUGCGCAUCGUCAGCCCGGCCCGGCCUGUUCCUGCUCCUCGCACCAAGCCUACGGUGUGCGUCGCCAGCCCGGCCCGGCCUGUUCCUGCUCCUCGCACCAAGCCUACGGUGCGCGUCGCCAGCCCGGCCCGGCCUGUUCCUGCCCUUCGCACCAAGCCUACGGUGUGCGUCGCCAGCCCGGUCCGGCCUGUUCCUGCUCCUCGCACCAAGCCAGGGGUGCGCGUCGCCAGCCCGGCCCGGCUUGUUCCUGCCCUUCGCACCAAGCCUACGGUGUGCGUCGCCAGCCCGGUCCGGCCCGUUCCUGCUCCACGCACCAAGCCAGGGGUGCGCAUCGUCAGCCCGGUCCGGCCCGUACCUGCUCCACGCACCAGGCCAGGGGUGCGAGUCGUCAGCCCGGUCCGGCCCGUUCCUGCUCCACGCACCAAGCCAGGGGUGCGCAUCGUCAGCCCGGUCCAGCCCGUUCCUGCUCCACGCACCAAGCCAGGGGUGCGAGUCGUCAGCCCGGUCCGGCCCGUUCCUGCUCCACGCACCAAGCCAGGGGUGCGCAUCGUCAGCCCGGUCCGGCCCGUUCCUGCUCCACGCACCAAGCCAGGGGUGCGCAUCGUCAGCCCGGUCCGGCCCGUUCCUGCUCCACGCACCAAGCCAGGGGUGCGCAUCGUCAGCCCGGUCCGGCCCGUUCCUGCUCCACGCACCAAGCCAGGGGUGCGCGUCGUCAGUCCGGCACAACCCGUGCCUGGGUCACCGGUGCCUGGUCAGGUACCGGUCAGCUGCUCCACACCGGAGCUUAAGCAAUCCGCUCCUACGAUGUCCAGUCCAGCUCCAGCCAGCGGGGCCAGACCGGACCAGUGGCGCUACGGGGGGAGUAUUGGAGGGUGGUGGGCGAGCCCGGAGUCGGAACCGCCUCCGAGGAGGAAUGCCCACCCAACCCUCCCCUGUUUGGCCUAUGUUGAGGCGCGGUCGCAGUCCGCGCCUUUAGGGGGGGGGUACUGUCACACCCUGGUUCUGGGACUCUAUAUGUUGAGCCAGGGUGUGUUCAUUCUAUUUUGUUGUUCUAUGUCGGGAGUCUAGUUUUGUAUUUCUGUGUUGGCCAGAGUGGUUCCCAAUCAGAGGCAACGAGUGUCAGCUGUUGCUGGUUGUCUCUGAUUGGGAGCCAUAUUUAUACAGGCUGUUUUCCCACAAUAGUUGUGGGAUCUUGUUUCCAGUUGGUUUGUUCCUAGUGAGGUUUGUCCUUUGGAUGUCACGUAUCGUUUGUUGUUUUGUUCGAGUGUUUACUCUCUUUAAAUAAAGUAUGUUUGCUUUCAACGCUGCGCAUUGGUCUACUCCGUCUAACGAUCGUGACACAGUGUGGACGAUUUCACACUGAUGAUAGUUAAAAGCCUCUCUGUUUUGCAGAGCCAACUUACACAAUUAUUUUAGCCUUGGAAAUUUUCUCUACGUCUCUAGAGAUCUCACGAAUUUGGUCUAGGGCACAUGCAUAUUGACUUUCACAGGGAAGAGAGAGAGAACACAUGUUAUAACAGUUUCACACCAACCUUGAUAAGAAUGAGAUUGGGGCAAGGUUAGCCCAAGCUACAAUCUAGUGGCUCUCCUCACAAUUUAGGGGCAUAGCUCUGUCUCUAGAAGCCUCGCCUUUCCAAAUCAUAAUUAUAACUAUUGAUCAAUUAUCCAACACAAAUUUAGAAUGACAGUCCUUAGUGCUUCAUGUUGAUUCUGUCACUUUAAUUCAAGACCCUCAAUUUAGGACACACCGAUACUGGCAGAAUGUACAUUUACAUUGACAUACAGUAUAUUCAUCUCAUCAUUUCUAUCAUUAACUUUUCUUAUUACUUGUGGUAAUGACAGAUUGGUAUCUCAAUGCAUUCUUAGUCUUAAUUACUAUACAUUUUGCAGUGUGCAUACCUCCACAAUCAACCUGAUACCCCAAAUAAACCAAUUUUGGAUAAGCCUAAAUAAAUUACUGGCACAGUUGACCACCCCCCUCCAUCCCGGCACUCAUCCUUCUGGCGUUUCUUCAGAUAGUGUUUCAGUUCAUCCUUUUAAUGGCACAUGUUCAAAGUGGAUGGCCCUUGAUAAUGUCUCACCUGAGACGCCACUGUCCUUGACAGUCCAUUCUGUCUUGUCCAUUUUCCUACCAGUACACCAGCAAGUUUGGACAGGAUCUCUUUCCACGCUCACUCCACGUGGACUCAUGUCGCACUCCUGAGAGAAAAGUCAUGAGAGAAAAGGCAGUUGACAGCUUCGACUGGAUGCCGUGUACAGGUUGCUGGCUCGGACUCAGGUCUCACGGUAGAAGUGGUGAAGGACCAUACUGAACGCCAUUUUCACCAUUGCUUCAGCCGGUAAGGGGGGGUUGAGGUUCACACUGUUCUUGGUCAAAUUAUCCCUUCCAUGCAUCUAGACACCAUCUGUGGUUACCUUCGCCAUAACCUCGAGAGAGGACAGACCAGAACAACAGUAUAGUUUAGGGCAUUUCUGAUUCAGGAAAUCCAGACAAAUGAUUUACUGUAUGACAAAUUAUUACUACUACCAAUAUUCUUAAUACAGAUUUCUAAAACAAAUGUCAAAGAGAAUAACAAAACACAGUUGAAACCAUUUUUUUCUCCAAAAUUGGCUUAUACUCCCCUAUCAACUUGCCGAUUUCACUGCAGAGCUACAGGUCAGGGAGUUAGAGGGCCAAUCCUUAGGGAGAAAUCCGGACCAUCCAGCAGACCCAAUCUGGUGAGAUUUGUUAUUGAAGCAAGACAAAAACAAAGAAAAGAAAACAACAACAGCAAUGCACAUAUCACUUGGUGUGGGGAAAACUUCAAUCCAUUUGGAGUAACUGUCAACCAUUACCAACAUAUAUUUUUUCCUUUUACAGGCAGGCAUGUGAAGAAAAACAAUUUGCAUAUUUUCCAAAGGGCCCCAGGGGACUGGUAAUUCCCCCUUUGGACACAUGACUCACAUCGUGAUUCAUGCGUCCAAAAAAUAACAACACUGCCUGUUAAAUCAAAAAUAAACAAAUUAGAAUAACAAAUCAAAUUAGAAUUACAACUCUUGAUAACUCCAUAAGGAAAUAAUUGUAUCCCAUAAGGUAAUGGUAAAAUAGACUAGAGACAGGUGUCCCUCAUUCAGGGGCAGCGCUCUCGCUCUGUCUUCUCGUGGUCCGAAUCACACAUGGGACUAUUGAUAAAUUAUAAACUUCUUCUAAUUAUUAGUGUUUACAUUGCUCAUUUAAAUCUCACCCAAUGUCUCCAGUCUUUCUAGUGAGGGUGAUCAGGCCUCACCAGGAAGUCAGAACAGAGGUCAGAUGUCAGUCAGCCCUAUUAAGUGAGUGUUUGUUUUCCUGUACCUCAGACAUUAAUGAAAUAUAUUUCAAACAUUUCAAACAUGUUGUGUAUCAGGUUUACAUUGGGUUUUUCAGUACAUUUCUUCUAAUCAAGAGAAUGUAUAUGUGUGCACCCAAAACUCUGACAAUAAAAACUUCCGAAAAUUUCAUUUGUGUACAGCAUCCUAAAAUAAAAAAUAAAAAGACCCCACACAGUGGGUGCUGGCGUGUAUAUAGUAAAAAUUGUAGGGUAACUACUGGGUGAUCUGAAAAGUCAUAGUCAAUCGAUCAAUAACAUAAUAAUACUAUUAGCAAAAAUGUUUAUUUUCAAUUUACAAUCUGUAGAAACAAUGAGAACAGAAAGGUUCAGAACUUUUGUAAGACGUCACAGUACAGUUGAAAUAUAUAUGGCAAAUAGAAAUCCUAUAUGCAUGGUGUUAAAAGAUAGAUGGGAGGUGUUGAAUGGAAUUGAAGGAUGGGACUAAUAACAACUAACAACAAACAAUAACAAGAUAACUAAUAAUGUAGGCACGCUGUGUCCAUAAUAAGUGUAUGGGUUGUAGGUUGGGAGCUUUUGUGAAGGAGCACAGUUAGAAAGAUAUGGCAUAUAGAACCGGAUGGACAUCAUGAAAAUGAUCGGAGAGGUUGAGAGUAGAAGAAGUUCAGGAGAAAGAACAAACAAAAUGUAAUUACUGUAAAAUUGACUGUGUCCAUAAAAUGUAGAUAGUAUAUAUGUAUAUGUAUAUGUAUGUGUAUGUGUGUAUGUAUAUAUAUAUAUAUAUAUAUAUAUAUAUAUAUAUAUAUAUAUAUAAACAUGAGGAUUGGAAGUGAUACAGACAAUUACAUUGAUGGAAGUUACAAUCUGUCUGCAAUAUUAAGCUGAUCUACCCCCCUCACAGAUCAAUUUAUAAGCAUAAAUGUCGGUCAGAAUCGGUACCGGAACCACGCAGGUCCCCUAAACAGAGGUUUUAAGGUGUCAACUAUAGCCAGUACUGCACUACAAAUUGGUUGUCAUAUAGAGAGCUGGGCCCACUCAUAUUGUGAAACAAGCUUCAUUUAAUCAAUUGAGUUAUAAUGCACACAUAAACAGUGUGCCAUGUGUUGUAGCAGCAGUUUAAAUAGCAAAGUCUAUACAGCGGUUGAUGGGGCUAUAUUGACUGUUCAUUCAGGUUGUAGGCAAUUUCCUCUAUUGCGGUUUUAUAAAACGUGCUUAUCAAACAUGGAUUAAUACUAGUUAUCAUUUGAAUAAACCAGUUGAUAAAGCAUAGACACAAUCAAGAUAAGGGUAACAUCAUGGAAAUUAUUAUGUACAAAUGCAAACAAUCCAAAUUAUUCAAAGACAAAUUCCUAGUAGUAUAUUGAAAACACAUCCAUUUCACACACCUUUGCAUUAUAAUACUUCUGUAUCUAUUUCCACUAACAAUCGACAGUAUUUACGGAGCGAUAUGUGAGAGAGCACCUCGGUUAUUUUAAUGGUAAGAUAGAUUUCCCUAAAAACACUGAAAUUGGCUAUUAUCUGGUAAUUACUCAAUAACAAUGUAGGCAGUAAUAAUUCAGCAACUCAACAGCGCUGAAAACUCUGUGUUAACGUGAGGAUGGGGUGGGCGAAGAGAUCCGAUAACACAAACACACACACACCUGUGUGAACAACACACACGCUUGAGCGCACACACUCACACACUCACUAACCAAAACUCACGGAUCACGGUUAAUUGUUCAGAACCUGCAUCUGUGAGUGUUGCUGUCUGUCUCAGAAGGGUUUGUAGAAGUGAUUUGUGCCUAUUGAGAAUUGGUUAAAAACACCACGAAGGGAUUAUUUGAUGUGAGUACCUAGAAGUUUCUAAUGUUAUAUAUGUAUUAACUUGCUCACCCAAACGUAGACGUACGUCAUGGGUAGGGGAGUAAUUAAUAUGGGUUUUCUAAGUUUGUACCGUUGUUGGAUCAUGUGAUAGAGAUAAGGUUUAAGGUGUAAACUGACCAUAAGUAAUGUGGUUAUAGACGUAAUUUAUAAUAUAGUACAAAGCCAAUUAUCAGUGCGGAGUUAAGGUGGUGAAGUGAAGGAACUUCAUUUUGUUCAGAGGGUAAGAUGACAAACCAUUGUAAAUUGCGCUAUUUGUGGGAUUUAUUUGUCAUUUCAAUGGCAUCGAGUAAAAUCUGGGUUUAUGAGUGUAAUUUCACUUUUGGUAUGUGUUGCUUGAACAGAUACUACAGAGGGACACUCAAAGUCAAUCUUAAAUGAAUCUUUAUUUAUUGUCAGUGCGCUGGAGUGGUUCCAACAAAUUCAAUGCACCAAGUACACAUGUCGAUUAGGAGCUCUAACGGGGCAGUCCCGUUAGUUCCCUUAUAUACUGACAAGUUAUAUUUGCAUGAUUUAGCUUAUUCAUCAUUCAUAAUUAAUGUUUGCUUUAUUCAUGUGACGACCAAUACUGGGUCAUGCAUGUGACAGACCAAUACCUCAUGAGGCUUCUUCUCUCUAAGCUGAGACCUUGAAACUGAGAUAUCCCUUUCUCUAAACAAGGUUCUGGGCGUACUGCCAAAUUGCAGAUACUGAUAGUGAGGAUUCGUUCAAUCAGUUACUUGCAUGAACACAGAAAUUGGUUUAUAGAAAAUCACAAACAGAACACAGAAAUUGGUAAUUAGAAAAGCACAAACAAAUCCAUCACAAAUGUUCCUGUUACAGUUUUGACUUAAAUCGGCUUGAAAAUCUAUGGCAAGACUUGAAAAUGGCUGUCUAGUAAUGCUCAACCACCAACUUGACAGAGAAUGAAGAAUUUUAAGAAGAAGAAUGUGCGAAUAUUGUACAGUCCAGGUGUGCAAAGCUCUUGAGACUUACCCAGAAAGACUCACAGCUGUAAUCACUGCCAAAGGUGAUUCUAACAUGUAUUGACUCAGGCGUGUGAAUACUUAUGUAAAUUAGAUAUUUCUGUACGUCAUUUUCAAUCAAUUUGUAAACAUUUCUAAAAACAUGCUUUCACUUUGUCAUUAUGUGGUAUUCUGUGUAGGUAUUGUGGGUGAGAAAAAAUAUUGAUUUAAUGAAUUUUGAAUUCAGGCUGAAACACAACAAAAUGUUGAAGGCUGCUUUUAUACAUAACAUAUAGUUAGUUAGUUAGUUAAAAUAUAUAGUGGUCCCCUGUAGCUCAAUUGGAAGAGCAUGGCGCUUGUAACGCCAGGGUAGUGGGUUCGAUCCCCGGGACCACCCAUACGUAAAAAUGUAUGCACACAUGACUGUAAGUCGCUUUGGAUAAAAGUGUCUGCUAAAUGGCAUAUUAUUAUAUAAACAUCUGAAUUUAAGUAAACAUUAAAUCAUUUAUUCAUCAAUGCCACAAACCUGGGACUUCAAAGAGCACAAUAUGAACUAUACGGAACUAAAAUAUAAACACAACAUGCAACAAUUUCAACGUUUUUACUGAGUUACAGUUCAUAUAAGGAAAUCAGUCAAUUUAAAUAAAUUCAUUAGGCCCUAAUCUAUAGAUUUCACAUGACUAGGCAGGGGUGCAGCCAUGGGUGGGCCUGGGAGGGCAUAGGGCCCACCCACUUGGGAGCCUUGCUGUGGACUACACAGGCAUCUUUUAGAAAAGUAAAGGGCUGAUAUGACAAUGUUUUGACAAUGUUUUCAGUUUUUGAAUUGGUUUGAGCGGGCACCAGGGAGAAGAACAAGGAAAACCUGUAUGACCUGAUAAGCAGAAAAAUAGACCCUCUGAGGAAUGGAUUGUUUAGGGGUGGAGAAGAUGCCAUGACACCAAUAGACAGUACCAAAGAACUCAGAAGGCAGAUACUUUUGUAGAAGAUUUAAACAUUUAUUGAAUUAUUUUAACAACCAAUUUUGCAAAGUCAUCCAGCCAUCACAUACAGAAUACACAUUUACACUUUAAAAAGGUUUAAGAGUCAAAAAGGUUUCAGAUAUACCCAAUCAGUCAACCCAUUUACGGUUAGUACAUGGCUAACAUCAAAUUAGUACACAGAAAGUACCUUCGACAAAUUUCCAGUUAACCUAGAUAUCCCAAUAACGAUAACACAUAAACAUAAACAAAUAUAACUUUAAAGCUUGCUACAGUAACUUAGUGUGCAGGCUAACUCAAAUGAGCUGCUAACGUAAUGUUAGGUAGGUAACUUUACAUACUGUAUAGUCAUCUAAGGGAAUUAAAUAUAAAAUACUUAUUUCCCUCAUUAAAAUGCAAAUCAAUUUAUAAAUUUGUUGUUAUUCUGUCUCUCACUGUUCAAAUAAACCUACCAUUAAAAUUAUGGACUGAUCAUUUCUUUGUCAGUGGGCAAAUGCAAAAAAUCAGCAGGGGAUCAAAUACUUUUUUCCCUCACUGUAGCUAAAAGCCAUGGAAGAGGGUGAAAGGAUUAGAAGCUCCAGCUGUCAGAGAAGGGAGAGAGUAGGCUACUAUAGAUAGGGCAGGUACCUUUGUGGGAGGACAUUAUGAAAAGAUUAUCCAGUUACAGCCCCUAGCGAGAAAAACUAUGAGGACAGAGAGCUACAGCAAGAUAAUAUUCAGUGCACCUUUUACCAUACCCCGUUCAAAUAAACUUGACCAUUUUCUUGACCAUUCACCCUCUGAAUGGCACACAUACACAAUCCAUGUCUCAAUUGUCUCAAGGUUUUAAAAUCCUUCUUGAACCUGUAUCCUCCCAUUCAUAUACACUGUUUGAAAUGGAUUUAACAAGUGACAUCAAUAAGGGAUCAUGGCUUACACCUGGAUUCACUUGGUCAGUCUAUGUCAUGGAAAGAGCAGUUGUUCCUAAUGUUUUGCACGUGUACCUAUGUGUACCUAUGUUAGCAAAUGUUGUAAACAAAAAUACAGUUUAAUGUCACACACAAUGUAUAAACCUAUAACAACUGGAGCAGGCCAACCCUGCUGUGUGUGCAGGCUUAUGUUCCAGCCCAGCACUAACACACCUGAUUCAACUUAUCAAACCUAAUUAGUUGAUAAUUAAAGUGUGCUAUUGCUGGGCUGGAAUAGAGGUCUGCUCACCAAGUAGACCAGGGAUCAGUGGAGCGAGGUUGGCCACCUCUGGCAUUGACCUAUUUUUGUUCACCUGAAAAUAUGCUUUAGUAAUAAUAGCCUACUUGUUACUAAGAUGUAUAACCUUUACAUACAGUGGGGCAAAAAAAGUAUUUAGUCAGCCACCAAUUGUGCAAGUUCUCCCACUUAAAAAGAAGAGAGAGGCCUGUAAUUUUCAUCAUAGGUACACGUCAACUAUGACAGACAAAAUGAGGAAAAAAAAUCCAGAAAAUCACAUUGUAGGAUUUUUAAUGAAUUUAUUUGCAAAUUAUGGUGGAAAAUAAGUAUUUGGUCAAUAACAAAAGUUUCUCAAUACUUUGUUAUAUACCCUUUGUUGGCAAUGACACAGGUCAAACGUUUUCUGUAAGUCUUCACAAGGUUUUCACACACUGUUGCUGGUAUUUUGGCCCAUUCCUCCAUGCAGAUCUCCUCUAGAGCAGUGAUGUUUUGGGGCUGUCGCUGGGCAACACGGACUUUCAACUCCUUCCAAAGAUUUUCUAUGGGGUUGAGAUCUGGAGACUGGCUAGGCCACUCCAGGACCUUGAAAUGCUUCUUACGAAGCCACUCCUUCGUUGCCCGGGCGGUGUGUUUUGGAUCAUUGUCAUGCUGAAAGACCCAGCCACGUUUCAUCUUCAAUGCCCUUGCUGAUGGAAGGAGGUUUUCACUCAAAAUCUCACGAUACAUAGCCCCAUUCAUUCUUUCCUUUACACGGAUCAGUCGUCCUGGUCCCUUUGCAGAAAAACAGCCCCAAAGCAUGAUGUUUCCACCCGCAUGCUUCACAGUAGGUAUGGUGUUCUUUGGAUGCAACUCAGCAUUAUUUGUCCUCCAAACACGACAAGUUGAGUUUUUACCAAAAAGUUAUAUUUUGGUUUCAUCUGACCAUAUGACAUUCUCCCAAUCCUCUUCUGGAUCAUCCAAAUGCACUCUAGCAAACUUCAGAUGGGCCUGGACAUGUACUGGCUUAAGCAGGGGGACACGUCUCGCACUGCAGGAUUUGAGUCCCUGGCGGCGUAGUGUGUUACUGAUGGUAGGCUUUGUUACUUUGGUCCCAGCUCUCUGCAGGUCAUUCACUAGGUCCCCCCGUGUGGUUCUGGGAUUUUUGCUCACCGUUCUUGUGAUCAUUUUGACCCCACGGUGUGAGAUCUUGCGUGGAGCCCCAGAUCGAGGGAGAUUAUCAGUGGUCUUGUAUGUCUUCCAUUUCCUAAUAAUUGCUCCCACAGUUGAUUUCUUCAAACCAAGCUGCUUACCUAUUGCAGAUUCAGUCUUCCCAGCCUGGUGCAGGUCUACAAUUCUGUUUCUGGUGUCCUUUGACAGCUCUUUGGUCUUGGCCAUAGUGGAGUUUGGAGUGUGACUGUUUGAGGUUGUGGACAGGUGUCUUUUAUACUGAUAACAAGUUCAAACAGGUGCCAUUAAUACAGGUAACGAGUGGAGGACAGAGGAGCCUCUUAAAGAAGAAGUUACAGGUCUGUGAGAGCCAGAAAUCUUGCUUGUUUGUAGGUGACCAAAUACUUAUUUUCCACCAUCAUUUGCAAAUAAAUGCAUUAAAAAUCCUACAAUGUGAUUUUCUGGAUUUUAUUUCCUCAAUUUGUCUGUCAUAAUUGACGUGUACCUAUGAUGAAAAUUACAGGCCUCUCUCAUCUUUUUAAGUGGGAGAACUUGCACAAUUGGUGGCUGACUAAAUACUUUUUUUCCCCACUGUAUGAGUUAGCAUACUUGUACACUUUGAAAUGUUAUGAAAUAAAGGGUUGAUUCUUUGAAGCGAAGUGUUUAAACUUAUUUUAAUUGUUAACUUAAAACAAUUAUUCAAGAUGAAGUAGUGUCAAUGUUGAUUAAUCACAGAUCACAAUUCUGCAAUAAAGAGGGGAAGGGAAUCUGUUUCUAAUUUCUCUGUGUUUCUGUGUUGUAUUCUCAAAUGAACAUUACCUUUUUUUUCAGUUGUAAGCUCUCCAAUUAGUUUUAUUUGAUUGUCACUCUCUCUUAGGAUAUCAGCCAUGUGAACCCAUUAUAGGCCUCCUGUAGGUCAGUUGGUAGAGCAUGGUGCAUGCAACGCCAGCGUUGUGGGUUUGUUUCCCACGGGGGGGCAGUAUGAAAAAUGUAUGCACUCACUAACUGUAAGUCGCUCUGGAUAAGAGCGUCUGCUAAAUAGCUUAAAUGUAAAUGUAAUGAUAAUGGCAUGCAACACCAAUGCAGCCAUAGUCCUAUAGUAUGAUGGCAUUAGCCUUAUGGGCAUCUGCAAUGCAGAGAAUAGCUUAACUCACACAUGGUUUAAUGUUGUUGAGCUAUAUGUUCUCAAUUUAAAAACGAUACCAGUAGACAAUAGCGAUAGACAAUGUAUAUUAAACCAAAUUUUUCACAUGCCUUGUGCUGACAUUAAAUUGUUUAGUGCAAAUCCAACCCUUGUAAUCUAGGUAGUGAAAUGUCUGGAAGCAGGAAAUUAUAGGAUCCUUAGCUUAAAACAUACACAUAACUACUACUACCAAGUUUAAUGCCAGAUACUUUUCUCCCAGGUCUGAGUGGCACUUGGAGGUGCCACUGUGAUAAUGAAGAUGGUUUGCCUAAGACUUCCACAACAAUUACAUUGUCUACGCUAAAUGUAUUUAAACUGUAAUAGAAAGAAAGAAUAGUUAGGUUAUUAGAAAUACAUUUUAUUCAGUGGGGCAAGGCAAAGCAGAGAUGACACACAAAAUACUUUUCAUUUCACCCAUACAACAAUAUAGCCUAUUAUUAAAGUACAGUGUGUUUACAAAAUCAUAAACAAAAGUAUUUUACAUGUUGUUCCAAAUUACAUGUUAUAGAUUCGUACAUGUGUAGCCUACAUAAAUAAAUGACUGUGAAACUGUGUUUCUGUUUAGUCAGCAGUCAUUGCUACACCCUUCAUUUGGUUUACAAGGGCACCUUUGUCAUGACGACAAGGUGAAGGUGCUCUCUACUCCAAUGGCACAACAGUAUCAUUCAGAUUGACCAAGACACAGCAUAUGACAACCAUUUUGUCUAGCUGAGGGAUGUCUCCUUUCAUAUCUUGAAAAGGACGAAGAAGUAGAUGUAGAAGCUGAUGCUGCUGCAGCAUUGCUCAUCUUCACAGUGGGAAUCUGGUCGACAUGGGUGUCUUGAUAGGGGUCACCUGGUGAACCUACAGUACAUAAACAAAUUAAAAGCACACCUGAUGUUAGAGUAUCACUUCUUCAGGUCACCUAUACCAUCAGGGCUCUUGAUAGUUUAGUUGUGUUUAAUUCAUUCAGGUGUUUUAGUGUCAUAUAAAGAUGUAAUCUAUUGUUGGGCUGGAACACCCAAUAGUCAACACAGCAGGUUGUCCUACCCCAUUGAGGCCUUUGUCCUAUGCUGUAAUGUCCCUACAUUUUCCCUACUCUUAUGAAUAAAGUUCUCAACCAACUAUCAUUGGUUCAGUGCCACUGGCAAGUAUCUUUUAGGAUAAUAAUGUCCUCCUCAAGGCUAGAUGCACAUUGUGCAAUUUAUGUCUCCCCUUUUCGUAGGUCUAGAUUAGAUGGUUGCCUUCAAGCAUGAUUGCGGGAAGAUGUUUUGGGGUGGGGUUACUGUUGACGGGAUGCGGGGGACGGGGGGGGGGACGGGGGGCUGCUGAGGAUAUAUUUUUUUGAAUUAUUUAUAUAUCUUUUAUAUAUACAGUGCCUUUGGAAAGUAUUCAGACCCCUUGACUUUUUCCACAUUUUGUUGCAUUGCAGCCUUAUUCUAAAAUGGAUUAAAUGUAAAAAAUCCUCAGCAAUCUACACAAAAUACCCCAUAACAACGAAGUGAAAACAGAAAUAACUUAUUUACAUAAGUAUUCAGACCCUUUGCUAUGAGACUCGAAAUUGAGCUCAGAGCUCAGGUGCAUCCUGUUUCCAUUGAUCAUCCUUGAGAUGUCUCUACAACUUGAUUGGAGUCCACCUGUGGUAAAUUCAAUUGAUUGGACAUGAUUUGGAAAGGCACACACCUGUCUAUAUAAGGAACCACCAAUACUCUUCCUAGAGCUGGCCGCCCGGCCAAACUGAGCAAUUCCCGAGUGGCGCAGUGGUCUAAGGCACUGCAUCACGGUGCUAGCUGUGCCACUAGAGAUCCUGGUUCGAAUCCAGGCUCUGUCGUAGCCGGCCGCGACCGGGAGACCCAUGGGGCGGCGCGCACAAUUGGCCCAGCGUCGUCCAGGGUAGGGGAGGGAUUUGGCCGGCAGGGGAUGUAGCUCAGUUGGUAGAGCAUGGCGUUUGCAACGCCAGGGUUGUGGGUUCGAUAAAAUAAUGUAAUAAGAGCGUCUGCUAAAUAACUAAAAUAUAAAUAUAAAAUAUAAUUGAAGGAGAAGGGCCUUGGUCAGAUACGUGACCAAGUACCCGAUGGUCAUACUGACAGAGCUCUAGAGUUCCUCUGUGGAGAUGGGAGAACCUUCCAGAAGGACAACCAUCUCUGCAGCACUCCACCAAUCAGGCCUUUAUGGUAGAGUGGCCAGACGGAAGCCACUCCUCAGUAAAAGGCAAAUGACAGCUCGCUUGGAGUUUGCCAAAAGGCACUUAAAGACUCCCAGACCAUGAGAAACAAGAUUCUCUGGUCUGAUGAAACCAAAACUGAACUCUUUGGCCUGAAUGCCAAGCGUCAUGUCUGGAGGAAACCUGGCACCAUCCCUACGGUGAAGCAUGGUGGUGGCAGCAUCAUGCUGUGGGGAUGUUUUUUAGCGGCAGGGACUGGGAGACUAGUCAGGAUCAAGGCAAAGAUGAACAGAGCAAAAUACAGAGAGAUCCUUGAUGAAAACCUGCUCCAGAGCGCUCAGGACCUCAGACUGGGACAAAGGUUCACCUUCCAACAGGACAAUAACCCUAAGCACACAGCCAAGACAACGCAUGAGUGGCUUUGGGACAGGUCUCUGAAUAUCCUUGAGUGGCCCAGCCAGAGCACGGAUUUAAACCCGAUCGAACAUCUCUGGAGAGACCUGAAAAUAGCUGUGCAGCAACGCUCCCCAUCCAACCUGAUAGAGCUAGAGAGGAUCUGCAGAGAAGAAUGGGAGUAACUCCCCAAACACAGGUGUGCCAAGCUUGUAGAGUCAUACCCAAGAAGACUCGAUACUGUAAUCGCUGCCAAAGGUGCUUCAACAAAGUACUGAGCAAAGGGUCUGAAUACUUACACUACCAGUCGAAAGUUUGGACACACCUACUCAUUCCAGGGUUUUUCUUUAUUUUUACUAUUUUUUACAUUGUAGAAUAAUAGUGAAGACAUGAAAACUAUGAAAUAACACAUAUGGAAUCAUGUAGUAACCAAAAAAGUGUUCAACAAAUCAAAAUAUAUUUUAUAUUUGAGAUUCUUCAAAUAGCCGCCCUACAUACAGACUGGUACUGAAAGUAAAUGUGAUAUUUCAGUUUUCUUUUUUUUUUUUAUGUGCAAAAAUGUAUGAAAACCUGUUUUUGCUUUGUCAUUAUGGGGUAUUGUGUGUAGAUUGAUGAGGGGGAAAAAACUAUUUAAUCAAUUUUAGAAUAAGGCUGUAACGUAACAAAAUGUGGAGAAAGUCAAGGGGUCUGAAUACUUUCCGAAGGCACUGUAUAUUUUUGAAUAUUCUAUUUUUUUUUAUUCAAGGGAUGCUGCAGCACCCUCAGCACCCCUACUUCCCGCAGCUAUGCAUUCAAGACAAUAUCCUUUUUAUUGAUCUGUUUUUCAGUGUCAGCAGAGUAGGCCUAGGCUUCCUUGUGAUUAGUCGUAUUAAUAAAGAUUCUGCUAAUGUCUCCAGUCAUUCAAAGUGUAGUAGAAUUGCAUGAAAUGUGCUUAUCAAAGCUAGCUAAUGCUGGCUAACUUAGUCUUAUUGUUAACACCUGGUUAGCAUAACAGCUAACAGCUAAACUAAAUUACCUCAUAAUUUCCUCAAGAAAAGUUUGUACCGACAAAUGUAGCCUAUUGAAUAGCCUAUCAUUAUAUAAUAUGCAUAAAAUGCAUUCUCCAAUUGCAACGUCUGCCUAUGCCCACACAUACUGUCUCAAGAAAAUGUUAUAUUUUUAAUACCCUCAAACACCAAGUUAGGCAUACCUCGUUUCAAAAUAGGCCAUCAUCACUGUCAAUCGUGAAUGAUAAUUCUUCAUGUUUUACCUGUGAAACAUCCAAACUGCAUCUGCAUGCCAAUCAUUUGAUUGAUGUCAAUCAUUUUCAUGGAAAUAUGCAUUUAAAUCUUCUUGAAUUACUGUUUCAUGAGCAAAUUAGAGCAGUUGGUGUUAACAAACUAUACUGAACAAAAAUAUAAACGCAACAUUCAACAAUUUCAAUGAUUUAUUGAGUUAAAGUUCAUAUAAGGAAAUCAGUCAAUUGAAAUAAAUUCAUUAGGCCAUAAUUUAUGGAUUUCACAUGACCGGGCAGGGGCACAGCCAUGGGUGGGUCUGGGACGGCAUAGGCCCACCCACUUGGGAGCCAGGCCAACCAACCGGGGAGCUGGCCCAGCCUAUCAGAAUGAGUUUUUCCCCACAAAAGGGCUUUAUUACAUUAAUCAAGAUUAUACAAAACUAGAGCCUGCAGAACUUGCUUUUUGGAGUGUGGUGUCAAAAAAGCAGAGUAUCUCUUUAUUUCGGAAAGACCUCUACCCAUCUUUACAACCAUUGGAUCUAUAUGUUUUGACCAUGAUAGUUUACAAUCUAAGGUAAUGUCAAGUAAUUUAGUCUCCUUAACUUGUUCAACAGCCAUACCAUUCAUUAUUAGAUUCAGCUGAGGUCUAGAACUUAGGGAAUGAUUUGUACCAAAUACAAUGUUCUUAGUUUUAGAGAUGACCAGUUUAUUAGUGGCCACCCAUUCCAAAACAGACUGCACAUCUUUGUUAAGGGUUUCAGUGACUUCAUUAGCUGUGGUUGCUGAUGCGUAUAUGGUUGAAUAAUCAGCAUACAUGGACACAAAUGCUUUGUUUAAUGCCAGUGGCAGGUCAUUGGUAAAAAUAGAAAAGAGUAGAGGGCCUAGAGAGCUGCCCUGUGGUACACAUUUACAUUUACAUUUUAGUCAUUUAGCAGACGCUCUUAUCCAGAGCGACUUACAUUAUUAUUAUUUUUUUUCAUACCCCCCGUGGGAAACGAACCCACAACCCUGGCGUUGCAAACGCCAUGCUCUACCAACUGAGCUACAUAUACAGUUGAAGUCGGAAGUGUUUGACAUUAGAGAAGCUUCCAUUAAGGAAAACCCUUUAAGUUCUAUUAGAUAGAUAGCUCUGAAUCCACGAUAUGGCAGAGGUUGAAAAGCCAUAACACAUACGUUUUUCUAACAACAGGUUAUGGUCAAUAAUAUCAAAGGCUGCACUGAAGUCUAACAGUACAGCUCCCACAAUCUUCUUAUUAUCAAUUUCUUUCAACCAAUCAUCAGUCAUUUGUGUCAGUGCAGUACAUGUUGAGUGCCCUUCCCUAUAAGCAUGCUGAAAGUCUGUUGAUAAUUUGUUUACAGAGGAAUAGCAUUGUAUUUGGUCAAACACCAUUUUUCCCAACAGUUUGCUAAGAUUUGGCAGCAAGCUUAUAGGUCUGCUGUUAGAACCAGUAAAGGGUGCUUUACCAUUCCUGGGUAGCGGAAUCACUUUUGCUUCCCUCCAGGCCUGAGGACAAAGACCUUCCUCUAGGGGAGGGGGUCACACUCGGACAAUCAGAGAGGGGGCUUAUUAUUGUGGCCCAGGUGGCACAAAUUAAUCAAUGGUCUGACUGCACGGAGAUGCUUGGGUAAAAUGGUUACAACGGGGGACCAGAGUGUUUGUGUCUCAGGUGAAAAGGGUGGAUCUGAUCUCCAUCACCUAGGACUUGACAUAGAUUAAAUAGAUUAAUCAAAUCUCACAUUGUUGUAAAUUUUUGCUCGAUCUUGCAUGCUUUCUCAAACAGCUGUAACUGUAUAUGCAUUCGUAAAUCAGGUCCUUUCUUGAGUUGGGCUCUGGGAUGUAACAACCGUUGAGCAUCUGAUCUUAUGGUUGAUUGUGGAGGAAAGGGGUUGAGUGUGUUAGAGUAUGUGCGUGUGUGUUUAUCCCACAUCUGUUGCAAGGGGGUAAGGAUGUUAGGGAGAAUAUAGGAUGAACCACAAUAAUUGUUUGCUAAAAUAAUAAUUGCUUGUCAAAAAUGUUAUGUAAUACAAUGGCAAUCCGGGUUGUAGGUCAAAAUCCUACGCUUGAACUGCCAACAUUAUAUUAAUUGAUAAUGAUGGAAAAUAAGAUAUGCAAGAUAUUUGAAUAGAUAUAUAUUUUUAAAUAGCUAUAUACAGUGGGGAAAAAAAGUAUUUAGUCAGCCACCAAUUGUGCAAGUUCUCCCACUUAAAAAGACGAGAGAGGCCUGUAAUUUUCAUCAUAGGUACACGUCAACUAUGACAGACAUAUUGAGAAAAAAAUUCCAGAAAAUCACAUUGUAGGAUUUUUAAUGAAUUUAUUUGCAAAUUAUGGUGGAAAAUAAGUAUUUGGUCAAUAACAAAAGUUUCUCAAUACUUUGUUAUAUACCCUUUGUUGGCAAUGACACAGGUCAAACGUUUUCUGUAAGUCUUCACAGGGCUUUCACACACUGUUGCUGGUAUUUUGGCCCAUUCCUCCAUGCAGAUCUCCUCUAGAGCAGUGAUGUUUUGGGGCUGUCGCUGGGCAACACGGACUUUCAACUCCCUCCAAAGAUUUUCUAUGGGGUUGAGAUCUGGAGACUGGCUAGGCCACUCCGGGACCUUGAAAUGCUUCUUACGAAGCCACUCCUUCGUUGCCCGGGCGGUGUGUUUGGGAUCAUUGUCAUGCUGAAAGACCCAGCCACAUUUAAUCUUCAAUGCCCUUGCUGAUGGAAGGAGGUUUUCACUCAAAAUCUCACGAUACAUGGCCCCAUUCAUUCUUUCCUUUACACGGAUCAGUCGUCCUGGUGCCUUUGCAGAAAAACAGCCCCAAAGCAUGAUGUUUCCACCCCCAUGCUUCACAGUAGGUAUGGUGUUCUUUGGAUGCAACUCAGCAUUCUUUGUCCUCCAAACACGACGAGUUGAGUUUUUACCAAAAAGUUUCAUCUGACCAUAUGACAUUCUCCCAAUCCUCUUCUGGAUCAUCCAAAUGCACUCUAGCAAACUUCAGAUGGGCCUGGACAUGUACUGGCUUAAGCAGGGGGACACGUCUGGCACUGCAGGAUUUGGGUCCCUGGUGGCGUAGUGUGUUACUGAUGGUAGGCUUUGUUACUUUGGUCCCAGCUCUCUGCAGGUCAUUCACUAGGUCCCCCCGUGUGGUUCUGGGAUUUUUGCUCACCGUUCUUGUGAUAAUUUUGACCCCACGGGGUGAGAUCUUGCGUGGUGCCCCAGAUCAAGGGAGAUUAUCAGUGGUCUUGUAUGUCUUCCAUUUCCUAAUAAUUGCUCCCACAGUUGAUUUCUUCAAACCAAGCUGCUUACCUAUUGCAGAUUCAGUCUUCCCAGCCUGGUGCAGGUCUACAAUUUUGUUUCUGGUGUCCUUUGACAGCUCUUUGGUCUUGGCCAUAGUGGAGUUUGGAGUGUGACUGUUUGAGGUUGUGGACAGGUGUCUUUUAUACUGAUAAUAAGUUCAAACAGGUGCCAUUAAUACAGGUAACGAGUGGAGGACAGAGGAGCCUCUUAAAGAAGAAGUUACAGGUCUGUGAGAGCCAGAAAUAUUGCUUGUUUGUAGGUGACCAAAUACUUAUUUUCCACCAUAAUUUGCAAAUAAAUUCAUUAAAAAUCCUACAAUGUGAUUUUCUGGAUUUUUUUUUCUCAAUUUGUCUGUCAUAGUUGACGUGUACCUAUGAUGAAAAUUACAGGCCUCUCAUCUUUUUAAGUGGGAGAACUUGCACAAUUGGUGGCUGACUAAAUACUUUUUUUCCCCACUGUAUAUUGAGGUGAGAACAUUGGAAAUGCUUUUGGCGGUUGACCUGCUUCUGUUCUGUGGGUGUCACUGUGUGCUGUUUUCGAUGGAUGGGUCCUGGCCUCUCGGGGGCCUAGGGAUCCGGGGGGACGGGGGUGGUAUGCCGAUCACUGGGAUGACGGCCCAACUUGGGAUGGGGAGGGGCUUUAGCGGGGGAAUUAGUGGAGAACAAUUGGAGGGUUACUUAGUAGCAAUGCAAAUAUCAUUGUACAGCUAUAUGGACACUCAAUCACUAUGGUAUUUUUUAUUGGUAAAUUUACAAACAUAUAUGAUAGUUAGAAUUGAAACUUGUAUCUCAUUAUGGUAUGUGGUGAAAUAAGUAUAGCCAGUUAUAAUUUUAAUGGUUUAGCAAAUAAUAACAAAAGAAUAACAAUAUUUACAUGGCUCAAAGAGAAGGAAUAUAAUAUAUAUUGUUUACAGGAAACUCAUUCAACAAUUCUAGAUGAAGUUGCGUGGAAAAAGGAAUGGGGGGGGGGGGGGGGGGGGGGGGGUAUACUUCUCCCAUGGGCAAAGAAACUCAAAAGGGGUGAUGAUAUUAACUAACAGUAAUUUCCAUCCGAAUGUGCAAAUUGUCCAAACAGAUACAGUGGGGAAAAAAUAUUUAGUCAGCCACCAAUUGUGCAAGUUCUCCCACUUAAAAAAAUUAGAGAGGCCUGUAAUUUUUAUCAUAGGUACACGUCAACUAUGACAGACAAAUUGAGAAUUUUCUUCCAGAAAAUCACAUUGUAGGAUUUUUAAUGAAUUUAUUUGCAAAUUAUGGUGGGAAAUAAGUAUUUGGUCACCUACAAACAAGCAAGAUUUCUGGCUCUCACAGACCUUUAACUUCUUCUUUAAGAGGCUCCUCUGUCCUCCACUCAUUACCUGUAUUAAUGGCACCUGUUUGAACUUGUUAUCAGUAUAAAAGACACCUGUUCACAACCUCAAACAGUCACACUCCAAACUCCACUAUGGCCAAGACCAAAGAGCUGUCAAAGGACACCAGAAACAAAAUUGUAGACCUGCACCAGGCUGGGAAGACUAAAUAUGCAAUAGGAAAGCAGCUUGGUUUGAAGAAAUCAACUGUGGGAGCAAUUAUUAGGAAAUGGAAGACAUACCAGACCACUGAUAAUCUCCCUCGAUCUGGGGCUCCACGCAAGAUCUCACCCCGUCGGGUCAAAAUACUUUUUUUCCCCACUGUACAUACACACACAUGUUCUUAUCAUAGUCUACUCCCUGCAUUCCUCAGUUAUCGCCGUUCUCACAAUAUUCUGACUGCCUCAUUGUACUUCUAACUAAGCUACACAUAUUAUCAGUUUAUUGUCUUAUGAUUCUAACACUUUUCACACAGUUUCGGAGUGUAAUAAUUAGUCACUACUAAGAAAGUACUAAUCAUACUUAAAAUAAGAACAUUUCACAACUAUAUUUAAGGGUGGAACAUUUAGUCAUUACUUUUAACCUGUAUAUAUUUUAAUUUCUAUAUCAUUGUCACAGACCACACUGACGAAGCAUCUUCAACCAAAUUAACAACAUCAGGCACAGCACCAUCCCCGCUGAGUUUCACUAUUGUUUCACUAUCAGAACUCUUGUAGGCUUUGGGGAUCUCUCGCUGAUCCACUUCUGUUGAGCACACCUCACUCAAGGGGACUUCAUACACUUGUUCCACUUCACUUCCAUCAGCUGGGACUUCACCAUCCUCUUGGAGUACCCUCCCAGAUGACUCAGGAAAGCUUGCUACCCAGCGGACAGUCCUUGCGUCACUCCCAUCCAUUUUGCUGGACGCUGCUGACAUCUCAGAGAUCAUGUCACCACUCGAUAGAGAUCCGUGACUCUCAGGUUCCUCCCAAGAAGGCAAAGGCAGAAAGUUGACUGGCAUAAUCAGGUUCCUAUGCACAGUUUUGAUGCGUCCAGUGGUAGGGUGCUCUAUACGAUAUGUGUUCAGUGAGCUGUUCUUCGCAACAACUAUGUACACCGCACUGUCCCAGCGAUCAGCCAGUUUCUUCUUGCCCCUCUCUCCUUUGUUAGCAAGUAGAACUCUGUCUCCCUUCUCUACCGAAUGACCCUUCGACCGUCUGUUGUAGACCUCGGCUUGUCUCUUUUGUUGCUUACUUGCAUGCUGCUGAACCAAUGUCAUGGCUUCUCUCAGAUCCUCACCCAAAGACUGGACAUACUUAUCCACAUCUACCGUGUCCCCAUCCAACAGCACACUUUCAAACUUCUUUCAUAACGUCUACUGGCAACCUAGGGGUGCAUCCAAACAUCAAGAAGAAGGGUGGAAACCCAGUAGUCUCAUGAACAGUGCAGUUAUAGGAGAAUAUCAAUGUGUUCAACAUCUGAGGCCAUUUAGCCUUGGACCUAGCUGGCAGAGCUCUAAUCAUCCCACCCAGUGUGCGAUUCAGACGUUCUGCUUGACCGUUCCCCAUGGGAUGUUAAGGUGUGGUGUGGGACCUUCCAACACCAGAUAACUGAAGUAAUUCUGCAAUAAGUGAACUUUCAAAGUUAGCACCCCUGUCAGAAUGGAUACAAUCAGCGAACCCAUAAAUGCAGAAUAAAUUAUUCCAGAGAACACGAGCCACAGUCUUAGCAGACUGGUUUGGACAUGGAUAUGCACAUGCCAGCUUAGUAAAGUGAUCAGUCACUACUAACACAUCAAUAGACUUGUUGUUUGAAUCUUCUGCAGUCCAGAAAUCAAUACACACGAGUUCCAAAGGUGCCGUUGUCACAAUGGAGACAAGUGGAGCUCUUGCUUCAGGCUCGGGUGCUUUACUCAACACGUAUCUCUUACAGUGGGCCACGUAUUCCUUGACAUCCUUUUCCAUAGAAUCCCAGUAAAACCGCUGUCUCGUAAGCCACAAUGUGCGCUGCUGGCCCUGGUGACCAGCAUCAUCAUCAAUCAAUCAAUCAAUUUUAUUUUAUAUAGCCCUUCUUACAUCAGCUAAUAUCUCGAAGUGCUGUACAGAAACCCAGCCUAAAACCCCAAACAGCUAGUAAUGCAGGUGUAGAAGCACGGUGGCUAGGAAAAACUCCCUAGAAAGGCAAAACCUAGGAAGAAACCUAGAGAGGAACCAGGCUAUCAUGAACUCCCUUCAACACAAGGCCUCUCAAAGACACAGGUACGACAUACUGGAAUAUUUUCUUCUUACUCACUGAGUGUUUUGAGACACGAUACAGAAUCCCUAACCGCGUGGUGAGUUUUCCCCAAUGUCUUAGAGUAUAAACCGUUUCCUUAGCUUCAAGGGCUCGCUCUCUCCUAGAUGGGCGCCGGCCUCUAUCUAGAAAGAACAUGACUCUGCUGAUGACAGGAUCCAGUGACUGGUUAUCAUACAGCUCCUUGUGUGUAAAGACAGGUAAAGGGCUCUGACCCAUGGACGUCAACCUCUCAAGGUGCUGCACAUGUGAAACGGCCCUCACUGUGGCACCAUCAUCCCAUCGGUGGUGAGCUUAGAGGAUAGCAGACACCUCUUCACAGGAAACCAACCCACUGACAUCGUCUCCAGCUCUACUCAACUCAUUCCCAGGAGCCAUUGACGUUCCACAGCCAGACACGUGCUGUUCACAGGAGAGGCGGAACAUGUCUUGAACAUCAUCCACUCGAAGACCUCUGGCUUCCUCCAGCAGGACAUCAUAUGGAAAUCUUGACAGUCGGUGCAGAACUGUGGAGCGGACAAAUGGCUCUCUACUCAAAGCAUCAGCAACAACAUUCUUGGGACCUGGUAUGUACUGGAUAUCAAAAUCAAAGGGUGCCAGCUUUGCAACCCAUCUCUGCUCGCAUCCAUCAAGUCUCGGCUUUGUAAGAAUAUAUUUGAGUGGAUUGUUGUCGGUCCACACAGUCAAAUUAUGCCCUCGCAGCCAAUGGCUGAAUUUAUCAUGAAUGGCCCAUUUCAUGGCUAGAAAUUCCAGCCGGUGAGCAGGAUACUUGGAUUGUGCAUGAUUAAGAGAUUUACUAGCAAAAGCUAUCGGCCUGGCUAUGUCCUUCCCAUCCUGCACUUGGGAUAGUACAGCUCCCAAACCACUAGUAGAUGCAUCCAUGGAAAGUAGAAAUGGCUGAGAAAAAUCUGGAUGAGCCAGCAGUGCCUGGUCAACUAGUGCUGAUUUCAAAGCUUCAAAAGCGAGUUGACAUUCGACAGUCCAGUCUGCAGCAGUGAGCCUGCGAGGGGGACCAGGCCUCUUCCAACCCUUGCCUCUCCUAGGCUUCUUCUGACCUGUAGUUAGCUGAAACAAUGGAACAAUUCUCAAUGUAGUGCUGAUAGUAUACUACCAUACCAAGGAAAUAACGGAUUUUGCUAGGAGACGGCGUGACACCAUCAGCUUCCAUUAUCUCACUCUCAGUCACAUUCAAAAUGGUUUGAACUUUAGCAGGGUCAGUGGCUACUGUGUAGGUGUGUAGGUCUACAAUCUUGUCCCUGACAUCCUUGGAGAGCUCUUUGGUCUUGGCCAUGGUGGAGAGAUUGGAAUCUGAUUGAUUGAUUGCUUCUGUGGACAGGUGUCUUUUAUACAGGUAACAAGCUGAGAUUAGGAGCACUCCCUUUAAGAGUGUGCUCCUAAUCUCAGCUCGUUACCUGUAUAAAAGACACCUGGGAGCUAGAAAUCUUUCUGAUUGAGAGGGUGUCAAAUACUUAUUUCCCUCAUUAAAAUGCAAAUAAAUGUAUAACAUUUUUGACAUGUGUUUUUCUGGAUUUUGUUGUUGUUCUUCUGUCUCUCACUGUUCAAAUAAACCUACCAUUAAAAUUAUAGACUGAUCAUGUCUUUGUCAGUGGGCAAACAUACAAAAUCAGCAGGGGAUCAAAUACUUUUUUCCCUCACUGUAAAGGGAACAUAAGUGAACAAAUAACACAACAAUUACAUAUUUAAGUUAUGCAACACCCAAUUCCCCUGUGUGAAAAAGUAAUUGCCCCCUUACACUCAAUAACUGGUUGUGCCACCUUUAGCUGCAAUGACUCCAACCAAAUGCUUCCUGUAGUUGUUGAUCAGUCUCUCACAUCGCUGUGGAGGAAUUUUGGCCCACUCUUCCACGCAGAACUGCUUUAACUCAGUGAUGUGUGGGCUUUCAAGCAUGAACUGCUCGUUUCAAGUCCUGCCACAACAUCUCAAUUGGGAUUAGGUCUGGACUUUGACUAGGCCAUUCCAAAACUUCCAAUUUGUUGCUUUUUAGCAAUUUUCAUGUAGAAUUGAUUGUGUGUUUUAGAUCAUUGUCUUGCUGCAUGACCCAGCUGCGCUUCAGCUUCAGCUCACAGACGGAUGGUCUGACAUUCUCCUGUAGAAUUCUCUGAUACAGAGCAGAAUUCAUGGUUCCUUCUAUUAAGGCAAGUCGUCCAGGUCCUGAGGCAGCAAAGCAUCCCCAAACCAUCACACCACCACCACCAUGCUUGACCUUUGGUAUGAUGUUCUUACUGUGGAAUGCAGAGUUUGGUUUUCACCAGGCAUUACUGGAACCAUGUCAUCCAAAAAGUUAUACUUUUGAGUCAUCUGUCCAUAGAACGUUCUUCCAAGAGUUUUGAUGAUCAUCCAGGUGCUUUUUGGCAAACUUGAGUCAACUUUUUGGACGAGAUGGGUCCCAUUAUGUCUGGCGAAAACCAAACACUGCAUUCCACAGCAUCAAAUUUUAAUAGAAAGUUAGCAAAAAUAGAUAAGAUCUUGCUACCAUGGAAAGGUAAAUACCUGUCAAUUUGUGGGAAAAUCACCCUGAUGAACUCUUUAGUAUUAUCCCAGUUUACCUAUUUGCUUAUGGUCUUGCCUACGCCUAGUGAACAGUUUUAAAUUAUAUGAGAAAAAACAUUCCAUUUUAUUUGGAAUGGCAAGCCAGACGAAAUUAAAUGGGCCUAUUUAUAUAAUGAAUAUGAAUUCGGAGGACAGAAAUUAUUAAAUAUUAAACCAUUAGACCUUUCACUAAAAGCUUCAGUCAUACAGAAGUUAUACUUAAAUCCGAACUGGUUCUCUAGCAAAUUAGUAAGAUUGUCUCACCCAAUGUUCAAGAAUGGCCUUUUUCCCUAUAUUCAGAUUACAACCUCUCACUUUCAGUUAUUUAAAAAGGAAAUCAUCUCCUAAAUAUCAGUAUUUCUAAAACAAGCAAUAGAAAGUUGGUUGCAAUUUCAAUUUAAUCCUCCAGAAACGUCAGAACAAAUAAUGCAACAAAUAUUGUGGUUAAACUCAAAUAUACUAAUUGAUAAAAAACCUUAUUUAUUUGACAAAAUGUUUAAAAAAGGUAUAGUCUUCGUAAAUGAUCUCAUCGGUAGGACUGGAGGAGUCAUGUCGCACAUGCAGCUAACAAAAACAUAUGGAAAUGUAUGCUCUACCCAAAAUUACAACCAAAUAAUUGCAGCAUUACAGCAAAAAUGGAAGAGGAAAGUGGAAGGGGGAAAAAGUAAGGAACUUGUCUGUCGGCCAUGCAUUAAAGAACAUAAUUGGUUAAAGACCAGUUUCAUUUAAGGACCAAAAGAUUGACAGCCAUCCCAUAUAGAUUGCAAAAUAGUUGGGAAGAGAUUUUUGACGUACCAAUUCCAUGGCAUAGUGUUUAUGAACUGAUACGCAAAACGAAGCUGGAUUCAAAACGUAUAAUUUUUCAAUUAAAAUUAUUAUAUAACAUUCUUGCAACCAAUAGAAUGUUAUUUAUAUGGGGGAUACAAUCUUCCCAGCUCUGCAGAUUUUGCUGCGAAGAGACAGAAUCAUUAGAUAAUUUGUUUUGGUACUGUCCAUUUGUAGCUUGUUUUUGGACACAGGUCCAGGAAUGGCUAAAGGAUUGCAAUAUUUACCUGGAGCGAACCCUGCAGAUAGCAUUACUGGGUGAUCUGAAAAGUCAGUAAAUCGAUCAAUAAUAUAAUAAUACUUUUAGCAAAAAUGUUUAUUUUCAAUUUACAAUCUGUAGAAACAAUGAGAAUAGAAAGGUUCAGAACUUUUGUAAAACAUCACAGCAUUGUUGAAAAAUAUAUGGCAAAUAGAAAUCCAAUAUGGAUGGUGUUAAGAGAUAGAUGGGUGGUAUUGAAUGGAGUUGAAGGAUGGGACUAAUAACAACUAACAACAACCAAUAACAACAAGAUAACUAAUAAUGUAAGCAUACUGUGUCCAUAAUAAGCAUAAUAAGUAUAUACAGUGGGGGAAAAAAGUAUUUAGUCAGCCACCAAUUGUGCAAGUUCUCCCACUUAAAAAGAUGAGAGAGGCCUGUAAUUUUCAUCAUAGGUACACGUCAACUAUGACAUACAAAUUGAGAAAGAAAAAUCCAGAAAAUCACAUUGUAGGAUUUUUUAUGAAUUUAUUUGCAAAUUAUGGUGGAAAAUAAGUAUUUGGUCACCUACAAACAAGCAAGAUUUCUGGCUCUCACAGACCUGUAACUUCUUCUUUAAGAGGCUCCUCUGUCCUCCACUCGUUACCUGUAUUAAUGGCACCUGUUUGAACUUAUUAUCAGUAUAAAAGACACCUGUCCACAACCUCAAAUAGUCACACUCCAAACUCCACUAUGGCCAAGACCAAAGAGCUGUCAAAGGACACCAGAAACAAAAUUGUAGACCUGCACCAGGCUGGGAAGACUGAAUCUGCAAUAGGUAAGCAGCUUGGUUUGAAGAAAUCAACUGUGGGAGCAAUUAUUAGGAAAUGGAAGACAUACAAGACCACUGAUAAUCUCCCUCGAUCUGGGGCUCCACGCAAGAUCUCACCCCGUGGGGUCAAAAUGAUCACAAGAACGGUGAGCAAAAAUCCCAGAACCACACGGGGGGACCUAGUGAAUGACCUGCAGAGAGCUGGGACCAAAGUAACAAAGCCUACCAUCAGUAACACACUACGCCGCCAGGGACUCAAAUCCUGCAGUGCGAGACGUGUCCCCCUGCUUAAGCCAGUACAUGUCCAGGCCCGUCUUUUUUUAUUUAUUUAUUUUUAUUUCACCUUUAUUUAACCAGGUAAGCCAGUUGAGAACAGGUUCUCAUUUACAACUGCGACCUGGCCAAGAUAAAGCAAAGUAGUGCAAUAAAAACAACACAGAGUUACAUAUGGGGUAAAAAAAAAAAAACAUAAAGUCAGAAAUACAACAGAAAAUAUAUAUACAGUGUGUGCAAAUGUAGCAAGUUAUGGAGGUAAGGCAAUAAAUAGGCUAUAGUGCAGAAUAAUUACAAUAGUAUUAACACUGGAAUGCUAGAUGUGCAAGAGAUUAUGUGCAAAUAGAGAUACUGGGGUGCAAAAGAGCAAAAUAAAUAACAAUAUAGGGAUGAGGUAGUUGGGUGGGCUAAUUUCAGAUGGGCUGUGUACAGGUGCAGUGAUCGGUAAGGUGCUCUGACAACUGAUGCUUAAAGUUAUUGAGGGAGAUAAGAGUCUCCAGCUUCAGAGAUUUUUGCAAUUCGUUCCAGUCAUUGGCAGCAGAGAACUGGAAGGAAUGGCGGCCAAAGGAGGUGUUGGCUUUGGGAAUGACCAGAGAGAUAUACCUGCUGGAGCGCAGACUACGGGUGGGUGCUGCUAUGGUGACCAAUGAGCUAAGAUAAGGCGGGGAUUUGCCUAGCAGUGAUUUAUAGAUGGCCUGGAGCCAGUCGGUUUGACGACGAACAUGUAGUGAGGAACCAGCCAACAAGAGCGUACAGGUCACAGUGGUGGGUAGUGUAUGGGGCUUUGGAGACAAAACGGAUGGCACUGUGAUAGACUACAUCCAAUUUGCUGAGUAGAGUGUUGGAGGCUAUUUUGUAAAUGACAUCGCCGAAGUCAAGGAUCGGUAGGAUAGUCAGUUUUACGAGGGCAUGUUUGGCAGCAUGAGUGAAGGAGGCUUUGUUGCGAAAUAGGAAGCCGAUUCUAGAUUUAACUUUGGAUUGGAGAUUCUUUAUGUGAGUCUGGAAGUUGAGUUUACAGUCUAACCAGACACCUAGAUAUUUGUAGUUGUCCACAUACUCUAGGUCAGACCCGUCGAGAGUGGUGAUUCUAGUCGGGUGGGCGGGUGCUAGCAGCGUUCGAUUGAAAAGCAUGCAUUUAGUUUUACUAGUGUUUAAGAGCAGUUGAAGGCUACUGAAGGAUUGUUGUAUGGCAUUGAAGCUCGUUUGGAGGUUUGUUAACACAGUGUCCAAUGAAGGGCCAGAUGUAUACAAAAUGGUGUCGUCUGCGUAGAGGUGGAUCUGAGAGUCACCAGCAGCAAGAGCGACAUCAUUGAUAUACACGGAGAAAAGUGUCGGCCCAAGAAUUGAACCCUGUGGCACCCCCAUAGAGACUGCCAUAGGUCCAGACAACAGGCCCUCCGAUUUGAAGUCUGAUGUUUGCUAGAGUGCAUUUGGAUGAUCCAGAAGAGGAUUGGGAGAAUGUCAUAUGGUCAGAUGAAACCAAAAUAGAACUUUUUGGUAAAAACUCAACUCGUCGUGUUUGGAGGACAAAGAAUGCUGAGUUGCAUCCAAAGAAAACCAUACCUACUGUGAAGCAUGGGGGUGGAAACAUCAUGCUUUGGGGCUGUUUUUCUGCAAAGGGACCAGGACGACUGAUCCGUGUAAAGGAAAGAAUGAAUGGGGCCAUGUAUCGUGAGAUUUUGAGUGAAAACCUCCUUCCAUCAGCAAGGGCAUUGAAGAUGAAACAUGGCUUGGUCUUUCAGCAUGAUCCCAAAUGAUCCCAAACACACCGCCCAGGCAACGAAGGAGUGGCUUCGUAAGAAGCAUUUCAAGGUCCUGGAGUGGCCUAGCCAGUCUCCAGAUCUCAACCCCAUAGAAAAUCUUUGGAGGGAGUUGAAAGUCUGUGUUGCCCAGCGACAGCCCCAAAACAUCACUGCUCUAGAGGAGAUCUGCAUUGAGGAAUGGGCCAAAAUACCAGCAACAGUGUGUGAAAACCUUGUGAAGACUUACAGAAAAUGUUUGACCUGUGUCAUUUCCAACAAAGGGUAUAUAACAAAGUAUUGAGAAACUUUUGUUAUUGACCAAAUACUUAUUUUCCACCAUAAUUUGCAAAUAAAUUCAUUAAAAAUCCUACAAUGUGAUUUUCUGGAGAAAAAAAAUCUUAUUUUGUCUGUCAUAGUUGACGUGUACCUAUGAUGAAAAUUACAGGCCUCUCUCAUCUUUUUAAGUGGGAGAAUUUGCACAAUUGGUGGCUGACUAAAUACUUUUUUUCCCCCACUGUAGGUUAUAGGUUGAGAGCUUUUGUGAAAGAGCACAGUUAGAAAGAUAUGGUAUGGCAUAUAGAAGCAAACCGGAUGGACAUCAUGAAAAUGAUCAGAGAGGUUGAGGGUAGAGGAAGUUCAGGAGUAAAAACAAACAACAUAGAAUUAUCGUAAAAUUGACUGUGUCCAUAAAAUGUAUAUAGUAUGUAUAAGCUGGAAGUAGAGAAGUAGAGGCCUAAGCAUUGUUGUUCACUGGUUUACUCCAAUUAGGAAAGGGGUGGUGGGGUUGGAAGAUAAUAAAGGGAAAUAUAUAUAUUUUUAAAGAUGUGUAUGUGUAUGUAUGUAUGUAUGUAUGUAUGUGUAUGUAUGUAUGUAUGUAUGUAUGUAUGUAUGUAUGUAUGUAUGUAUGUAUGUAUGUAUGUAUGUAUGUAUGUAUGUAUGUAUGUAUGUAUGUGUGUAUGUGUAUAUACAGUGGGGAGAACAAGUAUUUGAUACACUGCCUAUUUUGCAGGUUUCCCUACUUACAAAGCAUGUAGAGGUCUGUAAUUUCUAUCAUAGGUACAUUUCAACUGUGAGAGACGGAAUCUAAAACAAAAAUCCAGAAAAUCACAUUGUAUGAUUUUUAAGUAAUUCAUUUGCAUUUUAUUGCAUGAAAUAAGUAUUUGAUCACCUACCAACCAGUAAGAAUUCCGGGUCUCACAGACCUGUUAGUUUUUCUUUAAGAAGCCCUCCUGUUCUCCACUCAUUACCUGUAUUAACUGCACCUGUUUGAACUCGUUACCUGUAUAAAAGACACCUGUCCACACAAUCAAUCAAACAGAAUCCAACCUCUCCACAAUGGCCAAGACCAGAGAGCUGUAUAAGGACAUCAGGGAUAAAAUUGUAGACCUGCACAAGGCUGGGAUGGGCUACAGGACAAUAGGCAAGCAGCUUGGUGAGAAGGCAACAACUGUUGGCGCAAUUAUUAGAAAAUGGAAGAAGUUCAAGAUGACGGUCAAUCACCCUCGGUCUGGAGCUCCAUGCAAGAUCUCACCUCGUGGGGCAUCAAUGAUCAUGAGGAAGGUGAGGGAUCAGCCCAGAACUACACGGCAGGACCUGGUCAAUGACCUGAAGAGAGCUGGAACCACAGUCUCAAAGAAAACCAUUAGUAACACACUACGCCGUCAUGGAUUCAAAUCCUGCAGCGCACGCAAGGUCCCCCUGCUCAAGCCAGCGCAUGUCCAGGCCCGUCUGAAGUUUGCCAAUGACCUUCUGGAUGAUCCAGAGGAGGAAUGGGAGAAGGUCAUGUGGUCUGAUGAGACAGAAAUAGAGCUUUUCGGUCUAAAUCCACUCGCCGUAUUUGGAGGAAGAAGAAGGAUGCGUACAACCCCAAGAACACCAUCCCAACCGUGAAGCAUGGAGGUGGAAACAUCAUUCUUUGGGGAUGCUUUUCUGCAAAGGGGACAGGACGACUGCACCGUAUUGAGGGGAGGAUGGAUGGGGCCAUGUAUCGCUAGAUCUUGGCCAACAACCUCCUUCCCUCAGUAAGAGCAUUGAAGAUGGGUCGUGGCUUGGUCUUCCAGCAUGACAACGACCCGAAUCACACAGCCAGGGCAACUAAGGAGUGGCUCCGUAAGAAGCAUCUCAAGGUCCUGGAGUGGCCUAGCCAGUCUCCAGACCGGAACCCAAUAGAAAAUCUUUGGAGGGAGCUGAAAGUCCGUAUUGCCCAGCGACAGCCCCGAAACUGGAGAAGGUCUGUAUGGAGGAGUGGGCCAAAAUCCCUGCUGCAGUGUGUGCAAACCUGGUCAAGACCUACAGGAAACGUAUGAUCUCUGUAAUUGCAAACAAAGGUUUCUGUACCAAAUAUUAAGUUCUGCUUUUCUGAUGUAUCAAAUACUUAUGUCAUGCAAUAAAAUGCAAAUUAAUUAGUUAAAUAUCAUACAAUGUGAUUUUCUGGAUUUUUGUUUUAGAUUCCGUCUCUCACAGUUGAAGUGUACCUAUCAUAAAAAUUACAGACCUCUACAUGCUUUGUAAGUAGGAAAACCUGCAAAAUCGGCAGUGUAUCAAAUACUUGUUCUCCCCACUGUAUAUAUGCAUAUAUAUAUUUGCGAGGAAAAAAAACAUAUGGGGGAUUGGAAGUGAUGCAGACAAUUACAUUGAUGGAAGUUACAAUCUAUCUGCAAUAUUAAAGCUGAUCUACCGCCUAACUUUUUUCUUUAUAAAGAAAAUAAAUAAAUAAAUAAAAGACCUUCCUCUAGGCUCAGAUUAAAGAUAUGACAGAUAGGAGUGGCUAUAGAGUCAGCUACCAUCCUCAGUAGCGUUCCAUCUAGGUUGUCAAUGCCAGGAGGUUUGUCAUUAUUGAUCGAUAACAAUAAUUUUCCCACCUCUCCCACACUAGCUUUACAAAAUUCAAACUUGCAAUGCUUUUCUUUCAUUAUUUGUUUUUUUAUGCAUGAAUACGAUGGCUCACUGUUCAUUGUUGGCAUUUCCUGCCUAAGUUUGCCCACUUUGCCAAUGAAGUUACCAUUAACAUAAUUGGUAACAUCAAAUGGUUUUGUGAUGAAUAAGCCAUCUGAUUCGAUGAAAGAUGGAGUUGAAUUUGUCAUUCUGCCCAUAAUUUCAUUUCAAGUACUCCAACGUUUUUUUCCAUCAUUCUUUAUAUCAUUGAUCUUCGCUUCAUAAUACAGUUUCUUCUUCUUUUUGUUGAGUUUAGUCACAUAAUUUCUCAAUUUGCUGUGAGUCAGCCAGUCAGAUGUGCAGCCAGACUUAUUAGCCACUCCUUUUGCCCCAUCUCUUUCAACCAUACAGUUUUUCAAUUCCUUAUCAAUCCAUGGAGCCUUAACAGUUCUAACAGUCAGUUUCCUAACAGGUGCAUGUUUAUCAAUAAUUGGAAGAAGCAAUUUCAUAAAUUCAUCAACUGCAGUGUCUGGAUGCUCCUUAUUAAUCACAUCAUUUACAUUUUACAUUUUAGUCAUUUAGCAGACGCUCUUAUCCAGAGCGACUUACAGUUAGUGAGUGCAUAAAUUUUUCAUACUGGCCCCCGUGGGACCAACAAAUAUUUUAUACAUCAUCCACAUAUGAGUCACAGCAAAAUCUUUUGUAUGAUCUCUUAUACACUAUUUUAGGCCCAGCUGUUGGAACUUUGGCUUUCCUGGAUAUAGUCACUAUAUAAGUUGUACAGUAUUAGUAAAAAUGUGAUCGAUACAUGUGGAUUAUUUUGUUCCUGUAGUGUUUGUAAACACCCUGGUAGGUUGAUUCAUAACCUGAACCAGAUUACAGGCACUGGUUACAGUAAGAAGCUUCCUCUUGGCGGACAGCUUGAUGAAAACCAGUCAAUAUUCAGGUCCCCAAGAAAGUAGACCUCUCUGUUUACAUCACAUACACUAUCAAGCAUUUCACACAUAUUAUUUAGAUACUGACUGUUCGCACUUGGUGGCCUAUAGCAACACCCCAAAAGAAAAGGCUUUAGAUGUGGCAAGUGAACCUGCAACCACAACACUUCAAUAACACUUUAGAUAAGAGCUUCUCUAAGCAUUACAGGGAUAUGGCUCUGAAUACAGUGGGGGGAAAAAGUAUUUAGUCAGCCACCAAUUGUGCAAGUUCUCCCACUUAAAAAGAUGAGAGAGGCCUGUAAUUUUCAUCAUAGGUACACGUCAACUAUGACAGACAAAUUGAAUUUCUUUUCUCCAGAAAAUCACAUUGUAGGAUUUUUUAUGAAUUUAUUUGCAAAUUAUGGUGGAAAAUAACUAUUUGGUCACCUACAAACAAGCAAGAUUUCUGGCUCUCACAGACCUGUAACUUCUUCUUUAAGAGGCUCCUCUGUCCUCCACUCGUUACCUGUAUUAAUGGCACCUGUUUGAACUUGUUAUCAGUAUAAAAGACACCUGUCCACAACCUCAAACAGUCACACUCCAAACUUCACUAUGGCCAAGACCAAAGAGCUGUCAAAGGACACCAGAAACAAAAUUGUAGACCUGCACCAGGCUGGGAAGACUGAAUCUGCAAUAGGUAAGCAGCUUGGUUUGAAGAAAUCAACGGUGGGAGCAAUUAUUAGGAAAUGGAAGACAUACAAGACCACUGAUAAUCUCCCUCGAUCUGGGGCUCCACGCAAGAUCUCACCCCGUGCGGUCAAAAUGAUCACAAGAACGGUGAGCAAAAAUCCCAGAACCACACGGGGGGACCUAGUGAAUGACCUGCAGAGAGCUGGGACCAAAGUAACAAAGCCUACCAUCAGUAACACACUACGCCGCCAGGGACUCAAAUCCUGCAGUGCCAGACGUGUCCCCCUGCUUAAGCCAGUACAUGUCCAGGCCCGUCUGAAGUUUGCUAGAGUGCAUUUGGAUGAUCCAGAAGAGGAUUGGAAGAAUGUCAUAUGGUCAGAUGAAACCAAAAUAUAACUUUUUGGUAAAAACUCAACUCGUCGUGUUUGGAGGACAAAGAAUGCUGAGUUGCAUCCAAAGAACACCAUACCUACUGUGAAGCAUGGGGGUGGAAACAUCAUGCUUUGGGGCUGUUUUUCUGCAAAGGGACCAGGACGACUGAUCCGUGUAUAGGAAAGAAUGAAUGGGGCCAUGUAUCGUGAGAUUUUGAGUGAAAACCUCCUUCCAUCAGCAAGGGCAUUGAAGAUGAAACGUGGCUGGGUCUUUCAGCAUGACAAUGAUCCCAAACACACCGCCCGGGCAAUGAAGGAGUGGCUUCGUAAGAAGCAUUUCAAGGUCCUGGAGUGGCCUAGCCAGUCUCCAGAUCUCAACCCCAUAGAAAAUCUUUGGAGGGAGUUGAAAGUCCGUGUUGCCCAGCGACAGCCCCAAAACAUCACUGCUCUAGAGGAGAUCUGCAUGGAGGAAUGGGCCAAAAUACCAGCAUCAGUGUGUGAAAACCUUGUGAAGACUUACAGAAAACGUUUGACCUGUGUCAUUGCCAACAAAGGGUAUAUAACAAAGUAUUGAGAAACUUUUGUUAUUGACCAAAUACUUAUUUUCCACCAUAAUUUGCAAAUAAAUUCAUUAAAAAUCCUACAAUGUGAUUUUCUGGAGAAAAAAAAUCUCAUUUUGUCUGUCAUAGUUGACGUGUACCUAUAAUGAAAAUUACAGGCCUCUCUCAUCUUUUUAAGUGCGAGAACUUGCACAAUUGGUGGCUGACUAAAUACUUUUUUCCCCCACUGUAUAUACAACAACUCCUCCCCCAUAAGCAUUUCUGUCUCUUCUAUGGAUGUUAUAUUAUUUAUUUGCUACUGCUGUAUCAUAAAAUGAAUUAUCUAAGUGAGUCUCAGAAAUAGCAAAUAUAUGAAUGUUAUCUGAUGUUAGAAAGUUAUUGACUUCAUGAACCUUAUUUCCAAGGCUACAUAUAUUAAUAUGGGCUAUUUUCAGCCCUUUCCUGGGUAGCUUAUCAGAGAUAGACAUAAUACUGAAAAGAGCAAACAAAGCAAGAUAAAAAAAUAUACAUUCAGCAGUCCAUUAAUCAAUUGGUGUGUGUGUGUGCUGCGGGGUUGAAGCUACAAACCCAUAGGCUUGGCUCUCUCAUCCCUUCCAGGCUUCUGGGAGGGAGGGUGGACAAUGAGCCUGUCAUAGCGGAUGUAAGCAAUGUCCCCAUGCGCUCUGGCAGCUUUCAUGGCUGGGAUAAGUUCUUUCCUCUUUUGGCGCACAGCUUCAGGAUAGUCCUUGUUGAGAAAGAUAUACGUUACUCUCAAGUUCUUGGCUAUUUCCAGAACAGCUACAUUGUCCUUGAACCUCAGGAACUUGACCACUAUCGGGCCUGUCACCUGGGCCAGUGGUGGGUUUUCCAGUCCUGUGGACGCGCUCCACCUCAAUCGUCCUGUGGUCCAUCUUCAAUUUCUCAGAGAUAAUUUCCCUCACUUUGUCCUCAGACUCCAACCAGGUCUCAUGUGGAGAUUCUGCAAUUCUGUCCACAACCAUGUUGUUACGCCUUGAUUGUCCCUCGAGAUAGUCUGAUUUAUCCGUCAUUGUUAUCAUUGAUGCACACACAGAACUGAUGUCCUCUCUCAAUGACUUACAGAUUACUGUAAUCUUGCCGUUCUAUUGUUUCAACUCAUCGAGCUGACCCUGGGAGAACUGCAAACUGUUCUUUAGGUCCUGGACCUCUCUGGUCAGGUCGUCCAUUCUUUUAUUAUUUGAAUCCACCAGUAUUUGGACAAAGCACUUGAAGCUAAUUUAUUGUUGUUGUAACAACUGCUUGUAUAACUAUUUUUGUUCAUUUAAAAGAUCCUUCACGUGUGAUAGAGAGACACCACUGUCCUCGACAUUGGUACUCCCGCCAGCUUUGGUCUUUGUCAUGGUAGCUAGCAAUGUAGGUUUUGCUGUUACUCCUCGCAGUUCCAGACAGGGCAGGUCACAGGGAAGAUUGAAAACAACAAACAGCAGGGAUCUAGACAGCCACAAACCCGGGACAAUCCGCGGUCCCAGCCACAAUGUUAUUCUAAAAAAUAAAUAAUGGAAAAGUGGUGGGUGCAUAUGUAUUCACCCCCUUUGCUAUAAAGCCCCUAAAUAAGAUCUGGUGCUACCAAUUACCUUCAGAAGUCACAUAAUUAGUUAAAUAAAGUCCACCUGUGUGCAAUCUAAGUGUCACAUGAUCUGUCACAUGAUCUCAGUAUAUAUACACCUGUUCUGAAAGGCCCCAGAGUCUGCAACACACUAAGCAAGGGGCACCACCAAGCAAGCGGCACCAUGAAGACAAAGGAGCUAUCCAAACAGGUGGAAAAUUAAAAAAUGGAAAGACUAUGGCACCACAACAAACCUGCCAAGAGAGGGCCGCCCACCAAAACUCACGGACCAGGCAAGGAGGGCAUUAAUCAGAGAGGCAACAAAGAGACCAAAGAUAACACUGAAGGAGCUGCAAAGCUCCACAGUGGAGAUUGGAGUAUCUUCUAUAGGACCACUUUAAGCCAUACACUCCACAGAGCUGGGCUUUACAGAAGAGCGGCCAGAAAAAAGCAAUUUCUUAGAGAAAAAAAUAAGCAAACACGUUUGGUGUUCGCCAAAAGCCAUGUGGGAGACUCCCCAAACAUAUGGAAGAAGGUACUCUGGUCAGAUGAGACUAAAAUUGAGCUUUUUGGCCAUCAAGGAAAACGUUAUGUCUGGCGCAAACCCAACACCUCUAAUUACCCCGAGAACACCAUCCCCACAGUGAAGCAUGUUGGUGGCAGCAUCAUGCUGUGGGGAUGUUUUUCAUCGGCAGGGACUGGGAAACUGGUCAGAAUUGAAGGAAUGAUGGAUGGCGCUAAAUACAGGGAAAUUCUUGAGGGAAUUGAUGAUUUACGUGACCCAGACAUAGGCCAAAAAUAAGUUAAGCUACCCCAUUUCCACUUGACCGUUUUGGAUUGCAAAACUAAAGAGAGGCACCAGACAAGACACAGAAAUAGCAACAGAAGAAUAGGAUAUGAUGGAGAGAGACACCAGAAGAACAGAACAGGCUAUAACAGAAGAGGAUACAAAAAGGAGACAGUAACAAACAAGAACCUGAGACAGCAACAGACAAGACACAGACAGCAACAGACAAGACAGAAAAAGUGACAGAAGAGAUGGAGAGAGAACAGAGGUGGGUUGAGCACACAGUAGACUGUAUCCCUUCAACCUGCUAUAUCGAUUCUAACUUGAUUUAUUUAUUUGCACAAAUUAUAACAGGUGAAAUACAGACAUUGAAAAAGUGAAACAUGGUUUACAAAAGAAUUUGCAGAUGAGGUGAAAAUGCCUGAGAAAUUACUAUUAAAACAAUUGUUUACAACCAGGACAGGACGAGAGAGGAGGGUAGAUAAAAGAGACAGCAACAUAGAAGACUAAGAGACAGCAACAGAAGAAGGCAGACAAGAGAGACAGCAACAGACGACACAGAUAAAGCGAUGGAGAAAGGCAGAGGAGGUGUGUAUAUCUUAAAGCUGCUGUAUGGAAUCUAAUUACUGCAGAGUGUGUGUGUUGGAGAGAGCGAGAGAGAGAGUGUUUGGGUACUAUGGAAUUGUGUAAUCAAGUUGGCUCAUUGGACAGGUCAGAGUCUAUGUUUGAAGUUGUUGAGUAGUAUGGAAGCUUUUGGCAAUACACUGUAGAUAUAUGUGUUCCAGGGUAGAGAGCAUUCCAGAGUAGAAAGACGACAGUAGCUGUAAUUGAGUACUGGCAGUGUUUGUUGUGGCAGGUGGGAAGGAGCAAGUUAACAGAAAAAUAUCUAAUCUCUUAAUGUUCUUAUCUCUCAAUGUUCAUCUCAAAGUGCACCAAAUUCAUGCAUUUAGUUGUUGAAAUUCUUAAUUGUUCUUCCCCCGGACCCCCCCUACUGGCUUUGGGCUAAGCCCCGAAUGUCUUCAAAUCCUAUAAGCGCCUCUGCCCCCAGACCAUCAGGCUGCUGAAUAGCCACCACUACGCAGCUACCUGUUCCCCUUGUUCCGCUCCUGCCCCCGGACUAUAUUAUUAUUAUUAUUGUUGUUUCAUUCACUUCCUUGUUUGACCUGCACUGUUGGAGCUUAAGACUUUCACUGUACCCUGCAAUUACAUCUGCGACCCUGUGCAUGUGACUAAUAAACUCAUCUAAUCUUGCAUUCUGAGACACGUGCUUCUCUCUGCAAAAUUUGAGCUGAUAGCUCAAAAGCCCUUGACUAUGGAUACUCAGAGCAUUAUUCAGAUGGGAGGCAAACAACUUGAGAGUACAUUAUAGCAUUAAAACAUGACAAAACCAGAGUCAAACCGAUUUAAACAUGGAAUGUGAACGAAACAAACCGGUUUAAGAAAACAGUAAUUUCAUGAUGUAUAGAUUUAUUUCAGGGUGGAGGAUGUAAAGUCUUUAUUUCGAUGUAGGGACGGUCUUCUGGUUCAACAGAAUCAGAAUGUGUCUCUUAGUUGUUCUAGCUCUUGUUCUAGUAUAGCAUGCUGCCCCACACGGAGGCCACCAGGGCGGCGCAGAGAGCUGCGGAUACAGAGAGCUUGGCGGAGGUUGCGCCGCUGACUGUGGCUGGGUUGCACUUGUUGGUGUUGCAGCAGGUCUUGACGGUGGCA